CUGGUGCUUACUGCUUUAAUCUCUCUCUAUCUUACUCUCUCACAGUCCGCAAGCAAAGUGUGAAGCUGAGGGGGCACUACUAUUCAAGAGGUUCUCCAGAUCCAAACAGCAAUAGCAGCAGAGGUCUUAUCCUGUGAAUGUAUGGAGAUUGGCAGGAGUAGGGAGGGACCUGCACAGUCAUCUCAGAGAGGUGAGGAUAGCUACUCAAACUGGUGCAGGAGGUGGGGAGGGGGCUGUGCUGGGCUGUAUACUGGAUGAAUACCAUAGUUAUAUUUAAUGUUCUCUUGGAGGGACAAGCUGAAGGGUCUAGUGCAGACAAAACCUACAGAGAGUUCAGUAUCUAAAGACAGGAGAUGAGAACAGGGUCCAAGACCUGAAUACUAUUAACCCACUUAAUCAGUUGUGCUAGGAUUCUGAUUUCUGAUCACAAAAGGACAAAAAUGGGACAUAUGACUGCAUGUACUGCUGUGGGAUCAAUUGCCUUUCUCUAGUUGAAAGGACACAGAAUACAUUUCUCUCUCAUUUUUGGCUAUUUUUAGGAGGGGGUCUGAAAUCCACUGGGGAAGGGAGGGGCUGAAAGACCACCUCUGUCUCGUCGUCAUCAUCAUCAUCAUAAUCAAUGGAGCUGAGCUUGUAAACAGGAUAUAGAACUGCAUUGAUGACCCAAACAUAGAGGAAUACCCUCUACCCAGGGUCACUGGGCUUAAAGGGGCUAAUGUUUACCUCUAUGGAAUGAUACAUUGUAGCUAGUUCCACUAGGAUUCCAAGUGAACUUCAUCCUUUCACAGUUGGACAUGGAAGGUUUGUGCCUCAGCAGUGACUGUCCGGGCGUUCUGAGCAACAUAUCAUGGGGAAAUUUCAGCCUGGAGGAGAACAGGACUCAAGGGUCCAACAAAACCAGGGACCCCCUGAAGAGAAAUGAAGAGGUCGCCAAGGUGGAGGUGACCGUUUUAGCCCUUAUCUUGUUUCUGGCUCUGGCAGGGAACAUAUGUGUCCUAAUUGGAAUCCACAUAAACAGACACAAGCAUUCUCGCAUGUACUUUUUCAUGAAGCACCUGAGCAUCGCAGACUUGGUGGUCGCCCUGUUCCAAGUUCUGCCUCAGCUCAUCUGGGACAUAACGUUCAGAUUCUAUGCCCCAGACUUCCUCUGCAGGCUGAUCACUUACCUACAGGUGGUGGGGAUGUUUGCUUCCACCUAUAUGCUCCUGCUGAUGUCCCUAGACAGGUGUCUAGCCAUCUGUCAACCCUUGAGAUCUUUGCACAGGAGAUCUGACUGUGUCUAUGUCCUGCUCACCUGGAUUGUCAGUUUUCUACUUAGCAUUCCUCAAAUUCUAAUUUUCUCCCUAAAAGAGGUAGGGAAUGGAGUUUAUGACUGCACAUCGGAUUUCAUUAAACCCUGGGGUGUCAAAGCUUAUAUCACAUGGAUAACUCUAGCUGUGUACAUCGUCCCUGUGAUUGUUCUCAGCAUUUGCUAUGGGCUUAUCAGCUUCAAGAUCUGGCAGAACAUUAGGCUGAAAACCAUGUGUGAAAGUAAUUUGAGGCUGAGCUCAAACAGGAGGGCUACACUUUCUAGAGUAAGCAGUGUCCGGCUUAUCUCCAAGGCAAAGAUCAGGACAGUCAAAAUGACCUUCAUCAUAGUGAUAGCUUACAUCUUGUGCUGGACUCCCUUCUUUUUCGUCCAGAUGUGGUCAGUGUGGGAUCCGAAUCCCCCCAAAGAAGGUAAGAAAUUAUAACUUGCAUGCUCAUUUUACGUGUGUGCUUGUUUGUGUGUUUGGAGUGGGGAGGGGGGAUUACACGAGAACACAUUGAUACAAGCCUCGUGGCAAAAUAGUGCUAUGAGAUUGGAAUCUAUAGGCAUACAUUGAAGCAGGGAUAACUGUUCAGGCUGGCAUUUGGUGUCUGUGAAUGGCUGUUAAAUGGGUUAUGAUGCUUUGUAUUGGAGGAAACAUGUGACUCAAAAUUGUGAAACUUUAUAUGUGGCAAACAUGUUGCAUGUUGUAGUUGGCAGAAGGAGGAGCAACUAGCCCACAGAGGGCAAUACAAUAAAACCAAUGGCUGCUGCAGAGCUGUCAAUAAUUGCCUGCCUUACGUCCACCAUUUUUCAUAUCACUGAACACUACAGGCACAUCUUAGGGUGGAAUAGUGGAAUCUGGAGCAGUAUACAAACAGUUAAACUGAGAUAAAUACGAAUUGUAUUAGAAAAACUUUACUCCUAGACCCCAAACCUCAUACAGCUCUUGCCAUGUGUAAAUGUUGCCAGAAACAUAAUUUCUGAUAGAAUAUAGACAAAGUUAGUUUUGCUUACAAAAAACAGAAGAACAAACAAACAACCUCACCGCCCAGAAAACCAGAAAAAAAUAUAUAUAUUUGAAAAAGUAGGCAACACUCCCAAAAAUGUUUAACAGUUAUCAAUCCAUAUACUGUAAACACACACGCAUAUAUAUGUAUAUACACAUACAUAUUUUUUUUUGCCAUUCAGAGGAAAUGGAUGGGGGUACUGCAAGGAUACAGCAUAUGCCUGAUGCAUAACUAAAAGUGCUUAAUCAAAGAUCAGUUUUGUAUCAACAAAGAACAUUUGUGCAUCCAUUUAAAUGGUUCUAGAACUGGAAAAAAAGACAAAAUCAAAAAGAUACAUCCCAUUCUUCAAAGGUUACAUAUACUAGGCCCUUCUGAUCCCAUAUACUAUGGAAAGUUGACAACUAUAAGAACGCUAAACGAGGGACUUAACUUUUGGGAUUGAGAUGGAGUGGGAGCAAAUGUCACUUCUUGCCCAUGACACAAUUUGACAUUCCGAAUGAUAGUAAGAUGAGAGUAUUUCAAAUUGUAAUAAGGCAUACUGUGAAAUAACACAAUUUAAAAAAAUAAUUUGCAAGCGAGAGAUUUGAAGUGGGUCAUAUAUUUGAUCUAACAAGCAUUUUUCUAAAUAUUCCCUUUAAAAAAUAAUAUAAUCUUUAUUUGAAAAAGUUAAGUCUCUAUUAAAGAGGCUGGGUGCAUUGUACCUGUAACACGCAACUGUGAAACUAUUUAAUAUGAACCCUCUUAUCCCUCUUACUUUUUGUACCCCAUUUAUGCUUGGAAAAAUAAAAAAAUUGUCAAGUUAAAAAAAAGAGGCUGGUGCAUGACUGCAGCAGCAAAACAACACAAUAAUAAUAUAUCAAGUACAAGCAAUGUAUAGUAGAUCUGGGAUAACUUGAUUAUAAGAAGCCCUUUGGUUAGGGGGAAUUCAUGGUUAUGGUUAACAACAAAUGAAAUGUAAACAACUCCUAACUAAAUCUCACCGUGGACACAUGCAAAUCUGAGAAUACUAUAGUGAUGUGCUUUUCCAUAUGAAUCAUUAUGUCCGUUUACAGAUGGUGUGGCCAUAUGAAUGCAGUGUGUCAUUAUAACGUCGCCAUAUUUAUUGGACAUUUAAAAUUACCUUUUUAAUGGAGGCAUUUUACGUUUAUACUCUUCCAAAGAAUUACUAUUGUAGUACACCUAAAAAGCUCCUUUCAACGUAUCUCAAUUAUUAAUCUUCCUAAAAGACUGCAGUUUUCAGCAGAACCAGAAUUAAGACAAAAGUGUAUACCAGCAUGCUAGACACUGGGAUUUAUUAACUGUACCCCAAAUUGUAGUGAAUUGAAUGGAGUAGUGUGUAAGUUACAGCUAAAAUAGCAUAGCUGUUACUACUCCUGUUGGAAAAUGUUUCAAAACCAGCUAUUUUUCCCCAAAUAUUGCAGUUGUUUUCAAAUAGCUUUUUGGCGAAAGGGCCCCCAAAGUGUUUUCUUUGCAAACAUGAUAGAUAAAUGACAUAUAUAUCAUAAUCCUAUGUAAGGGUAACCUCAUUUUAGCAGGGUUCUCUUCAACCCAUAGUUCCUGUAAGUUAUUUAUCCUAUUUAUAGUUAUAUCCCUCCCUAUGGAAUCUGUUGGCACUAUAUAUAUGAUGAUGAUAAUAAUAAUAAUAAUAAUAAUAAUAAUAAUAAUAAUAAUGGAUUUUUUUAGGGCUAAAAGUCAGACUACUAAGAACCAGUAAAGAUUUAAUUGCCCCGUCGUCACCCUGUCUUUGAAGGGGCAAAGUUUAGGCAAAAAUAGCCAAGCUGAGAUUACAGCGGAGUGGGAAAAAUAUAUUUUUGCAAUUAAGCUUUUACUCCACAAAAUCAUAAUUCAUGAAUUAACCCCUCUCUAACAAAAUAAAUAAAUACAUAAAUUUUUAUUUUUUAUUUUUUUUAAAUCCAUCAAUAUCAAUGGGAAUUGUCCUUACUACUUUAAUAUAUCAGUACACUCAUUUUGUAAGUAGAGAAAUUCUAUCUACAACAUUAGACUCAUGGGGCAAAUUCAUUUUUCCAAUUACAUAUGCUGCUCCCCCGUUUUUCCCCUCUAUUGAUCUGUGGAUAAAAUCAACAUUUAGUGAGUGUCCUCCUACCUAUCAAUCAUCAUCUUUAUUUAUUUAUUUAUUUUGUGCCAAGGACAGAACUCCGAACAAAACAAAUUAAACGGCUUGUUCAUUCCUCUAUUUAUUUGUUUCUUGAUUCAGUUAUUUGGUGAUUCAGAGUUACAGAAUUCAGAUGACUUGUUCACCUGAAAUUCUGAGAAACUGCGCAAUUAGUUUAAAACUUAAUGCACAAGUCUAGUGUUAACUAAAUAACAUGAUGUGAAGGCGGAUUAAAAUAUUUUAAGUGGAAGUGACACUUUGUCAGUAGCAUUUUGUUACCUUGUUUUCUAAUCUUGCCAGAUAGCACAUUAAUUCCAUAUCUGACAAUGAGUAAAUCAAAGUGAUUUAAAGUCCUUUAUAAAUCUAAGGAGGGAAUUGGAAAUGUUAGGCUAAAAUAGCCCACUCAGAAAAAUAGACUAAUUGAAGAAUUUUCCUAAUUCAGCUGUUUCCGCUUAAAAUUUACAAUUGCCUUGUCAAUUCUCCAUAAUUACAUGUACUAAAAUAGCUUAUAAAUGCAUACUGCCAAUGCAAUAUUAAAGAGGUAAAAAAAACAUGUUAAAUCAUGAUCUAGCCUUUUUAUGUGCGAGUGGCUCUGAGCCUAAAAUGGUUAACUGUUUCCGUCCUAAAAUGCACACAAACAUCUUAGGACUCAUUAUGACUACAACAACCACAAUUCCCUGCUAGCUCAAGUAAUGUCUGUUAGAGUUGUGAUCCCAAAGGAAUAUUCACAGUUUAUACAUGAUUAACAUAAAGUAGGCAAUUCCACUAACAGACAAAUCACACUGAGGAUUAUGGACAAUUGCCAGUUUGUUAAAUCUUUGAUGUAUCAUUAGCUACCAGUGAAAUACAUUUCCUAGAACUUGCAUACAAAGUAUUAAAGUGGACUUAUUACUUUCUGUGUUCUUUGCAUAUUACACAAAGACCCCCAAAAGUGACAGUUUCAGUGUGGGCCUGGUGACCGUGGGGAGCAGGGUAAGGUCAUUUUUACUUACCUCAAGCUGUGUCUCACUGCCCACAGCCAUCUUCACAAUGAGUUUUCUUUUCAACUCCUGGUGCUUCAAUUUCCAGGAGCAGCGUGAGUACAACCCUAAGAUUGAUGGAAGGUUCUACAUAGACAAUGGCCGAAUCCCACUGCCGUCACUUGUGCCUGGAAUGGACAAAACUUGAUAGUGAAGCUCUUCUUUUGACAUCUUUUGUCAACCUCAGUCUUGUCCAUAAGACAGAGCAGUCCCUACUUUGUCUUAUAGUAUGUCUGGAUUGUUUUGGAAAUUCAAUGGAAUUCCAACAUAUUCUUGAUCAGUAUUUCGUAAAAAUAAAUAUACAUAUCUUUAUGAAAUACUAAAAAGUUACAGAUCUGCUAAGCCAAGUAUCAUAACCACUACAGCUCACUGUAACCCUGGCCCAUUUCCCAGGAAAAGGGCAAACAGUUUUGAAACGUUUUCUUCUGCAUUGGCUGAGAGCGUCAGUUGACUGAUGUGAAUAUGCACACAAUUGACAUUAGUCAGCUUGGAACUCUUCUUCCGGGCUGGCUAAUGACUCCCCUAUGACUUUACCAGAGGUGGAGCAAUAAAGGGUGAAACUCAGUAAGUGUAGUGUUUCAAAGCAAGAAAAGUGCUGCACGUACAGAUUCCAGGCACCAUUGCAGCUGAGGUGGUCAUAGUGUUUGAGAAACCCUUGAAAAGCAGUGUGCUCAAACUUAUAAGUUAUAACCAGAUUUUCUGGAUAUCUCGUACCUUAAGAAUUUGCGUGUGAUCAUUUAAAGAUUAAAUCCAAUAGAUUUUAGACUUGUGCAUUAAGGUGUUUCAAUUGGUUUGAACAAAUCAAAUUCCUUUUAAUCUAUACAUUAUAUAUGAUAAUAUAGUGAUAAAGGUGCUGAAACAAAUUGUGUGUAGAAAAUAAUCUUGUAUUACAGGGUAAAUUUGAUCACUCAUGGAUAUUUUGGGUACACUUUCACUUUGUUUUGCUUUAUGCUUUUAAUUUAUGCCCAAACAAAUGUAUCCAUCUGGGGUUUAACUCUGGCGUUGUAUGCAAUAAAUACGACUCCACAGGUAAACCCCAGACAAAUCGAUUAGUUGGGGACCUGAUUAAAAGGAAUUCGAUUUGUUCAAGCCACUUGAAACUCAUUAAUGCGCAAGUCUAAUAGAUACACAAAAUCAAUCAACUGCAAUACAGGAACAUUAACAUGCUUGCAAAAUCUAUGGCUUUGUUUGUUUUGGGUUGUAUAAGGUAAAUAAUGGUGUUGAUUCACUAAACCAGAGAAUGUACAGAAUAGACAAUACUAAUGGAAAGUUUUAAACCAAACUAGCAGAGCUGAAAAAUUCACCACUUUAGCUAUCGUUUCCAAUGUGUCUACUUUGUCCUACAAUAAGUGGCAGGUGUAUCUGGGGACUGAGAGAAAACCAUGUCUUUUGUAGAUUCUAGUAGCAGUAAACCUAUCUGUAUUGUAAGGAGUACAUAAAAGAUCUCAAUUACUACCCCUUUCUGUGUCUCUGCCUACUUUUCCAUUACAUUAUAAUUUCUUACUAAAUUAUAACUCUCUGUGCUCUCGCCUUCUCAGCCCCCACCAAUGUAAUUUAAUUUGUCUUUGUUUUAUCAACCAAAUAAAAAAUGUUUUGUUUGAUAUAGUCUUUUUCCCCGCUGAUCUCGAAUCACAUAUUGCAUAUUGCAAAACUUUCUGCAGGAGGUUUCAUUAGUCAUUAUAUACCAGCAGAAACUAGAGCAUUAGACUCACUUACGUUACAAGAGUAGUGACUUAGAUGAAUAUAAACUAUAUCAAAUUAGUUUAAUUUGCAGGUAAUCAAGGCUACUUCAAAGUAGCAUGCACAUUUCCAGUUCGGAAAAUUCAUCUGUCCUCUCGAGUGCCGAUGUUUAAGAAUAAACUGCAAAUCAAUGCAAUUCUCAAAAGGGAAACUGCUUUGCUGUCAAUAUAUUACUGUGAAUAUAAACAAUCAUCUCUAGAAUGGCACAGGGUAUAUAUGUCAGGGUGGCGGUCCGGUGCCCGGGACCCAGACACUCCCUGGGCGGCGGUGCGUGGACCGGGACACAGUAUGUCUGAUGAUAUGAGUAGGAGUCACAGUGUGGAGGUGGAUUAGCAGGGCCUGGUGCAGGGUAACCACACAACUUCUGGUGUUGAGGACCAGCGUUUGUGCGGCCACAUACCAGGUCCCUAAUACAGCUACUGCAGAUCACAAGAGCUAGGAAAUAUGCAGACCUCCCAGGAACUGGAUAGGGGGGCUCUGCAGCAGACAUGUAUCCAGUACAGAAACAAGGCAAGACUAGAACAGGCAUCAUGAAAACAAGACAGAACUAGUAGAACCCAGAACCAGAGAAGGAUAUGAAGCUAAACCCAGAACAUGUACACAAUACAUAAGGGAACAUUAACUAAACAGGGACAGGACAGGACUGUACAUGGACUGGGAUUACAAAAUAAAACAAGACAAGAUAUAAUAGGCAAAACAAGAGGCAACAUAACUAAGCACUAUAUAUGAAAAGUAUGGGGAUUUAGUUACAUUAUAUGAUCAUACAUUGCAUAAGCCUGCCACAACGCCAAUGUACCCCACAUUCGGCAGGUCAUACUCUGCCUAAUGUUCGCUAAAACAACCAAAGAAGACAUAUAUAGCACUUACCUGCAAGAAAGGGCAGAAGCCUUGAGCAGCUGCCUGCAGGACACUGAAACAAAAGGAAAAUGGAAAACAAACGGGUUUGGCAACAUAUAACAAACAUUUAAAUGAAUCCAAGAGACUGGGAAAUCCAGGGACAGAAUAUAAGAAUGAACCCAGCAUAAAGAAAACCAGACAUAGAAUAGAAAACCAAAAAACCAAGAAAAACUAAACAAGAAUUGUAAAAAAAGAGUACUGGAUACCAGAAGCCAUUGCCAGAAUGAUCCGCAGCUAGAAACAGGAUGUGACAAUAUACAGAUUCACAGAUGGCAACUUGAUCUGCGUUAGCUGCCUUCGUGUUACAUAACUAGAGUUUACAGGUCAGCCAUAUCUUUCUAAAUGCUUAUCACCACUUCUUACAUGAAAAGUGCUUCUCCUGUAAUAUGCAAAAUUCAUGUGAUGCAGGAAAAAAGUAGGAAACUUUGAAAAAUCAAUUCGCUUUGAUUAAGCAAUUUUCUCCCUCUUGCACUAUAUAAAUUCGAUAUACUGCAGGUCAUCACUUUUCUUGUAUUGCUCAACAGCCUGAAGUCAUGUGAUUAAAAUCGAUUCAACCAGUUUUUUUGAAAAAGCAUGUCUCCCCCACUAAAUGGGGAAAUGUGGUAAACAAUACAUGGUCAUCUCAAAUUACAGCCCAAAUUUUAUGGAUUUCUUUUUUCCCAAUGCUGAGAUUUUAAACAGUUGAAUGUAUAUGCACUAAUAUUUUCUACGCGUUCUUGCUCAGUAGGGAAGUGUUUAAAAUCCAUUUUACAAAUGAGGGAUCAUAGCUCCCAUAUCUGGUUACCAGUAGAGGUAACUAGAUGUCUGCAUGACAUUUGCUCAUAUGGUCCAGUCAAGGGAGCUUUUCAAGCACUGAAGCAAGGGUCAGAGCAGGAGAAAAUUGCAUUGCCCUAGCAUUAUAAAUCACUUUAUACACUUCAUGUUUGUAUUCUGCUACCAUUUUGAAAAAUCAAUAAACAUUAUAUAUACCUAGUUCAAGCAAUUUAUACAAUUCAUAUUUUUUAAUGGGUUUUAAAGAACACUCCAAGCACCAUAACCACUACAGCCCACCAGGAGUGCGCUCCCAGAGUAAGUAGUCAUAGUUGGGUCUGCGUUAUUUUGGGAUUCUUCUACAGGAGAUACUGGAUAUCUCUCUCAAGCUAAGCACAGUCCGAUACAGGGCUAUGUCAGAGGGGCGCCCAGGAAUAACUUAGGUAAAUUCUCAAGCUGUUCUUAAAGUGGUUGAUUAGUUACUCUGGGAGGGACCAUGGGCUGUCCUGGCACCAUAACCACUAAAGCGGUAAUUGUAAUUGGCGACAAUGUAAUGGUUAUUGUGUUGCUUUAAAGUUAAAAUUUUUGACAUUAUGUUUUUUGUAACGUAAAAUGCCAUGUUGUUUCGCUUGCAUGAUACAACUACCUCUUCUGUGUAUGUAUGUUAUAUACAUGUCUAAAUUAAAAUAUGCAUUCUUAAAUAAAAUGUACAUACAGAAAUAUAAAAACAACAACAAAAAAAAUCUACACAUGACUUUUCAUCAUGGAUUUUUUUUUAACAUUUAAAAAGUGGUAGUGUUUAAGGUUAAAAAAAACCCAACAGAGAUAGCUGAGAAAUAUUGUUUAGGUCUCAAUGUUGAAAGAUAAAUUAUGCCAUCUAUGUGGCUAUGUCAAUGCUACAAGUGUAAGGCUUUUACAUUUUUAAAUGAGCUAAACCAUAUUAAGAUCAGUUCUUUUUGUAUCUGUGCCCUGGCACUGAAAUGUAUUAUUUUAUUAGUGAAGUUUAUCUAAAUGUGAAAUGAAAACACAUGUGCCCUUUGCCUAUUAUUUGUUUACCAACAUAUCUCAGUCUAUAGAAACUGCUGGUGGAAUCUAACACAAGGCUUCAAAAUAUGUCCUGGGGCAUAUUACCAUGUGGAAAUCACAAACCAAUGUUUCAAAUAGCUGAGAAGGCCCUUUUGUUUUAUGAGUUGUGAUUCUGCCUGUAGCAAAAGGUCAGGGUUUUAACUAAUUACUAUAAUUAAAGUAAUUUAGAAAAAUAAUAUAUUUUAAUUACACACCUACAUUUGAAAACACACAUUAACUAUAGUUUAAACGCAAUUUAAAGGGACACUACAGGCAUCCAGACCACUUCAGCUUAUUGACGUGAUCUGGGUGCAUAUUACCAGGUCUCUUAACCCUGGAAAGGUAAUUAUUGCAGUUUUUAAUAAACUGCAAAAAUUAGCUUUAUGGGUUAACUCCACCUCUAGUGGCUGUACCAGACACUAGACAAAAGAGGGACUUCCUGGUCGUUAGGCGACAUUUGGUCGCCUAACUGAUGCUAGAUGUCCUUGCGCUUCUCGCGAGUACAUCCAGUAUCACUCAAAACCCUAUGAAAGUAUUGUAUAAUGCUUUCCUAUUGGGACUGUUCUAAUGCGAGCACAGGAAGCGGAGGCAGACCUCGAGCCAGCACAGAGGGACAUCGGUGCUGGACUUCGAUAAGUGACAGAAUGGGUUUCUAACCCUUUCUGCACCACAGGGCGGGGGACGAUUACCUUUAUUUCCUGGCACUAUAGUUUCCCUUCAAUACAAAUGUUAUUGCAAUGCAGCUCAUUGAUGCACUCACACAAGUACAUUCUGAGCUCCUCUAAAAUAAGGUAACAGGACAGAAAGGAGAGGUGGGAGAAUUUAUUUUUAAGAAGACUUCUUUUGGCAGGGAGAAUAGAAAGUAUUUUUAAAACACAUUUAGAAGUGUGUUUAUGUUUAGGAUAAUAAAUAGUAUAAAUGUUACUAGUGAUGAAAUGAAAAACAAUUAAAGAAUUAUAAAUAAGCUAUGUUAAACAUAAUGAAACAGUAUGCCUAACAAAUAAUUUUGGGGCAACGUUCCAAAUGUAUAGCUAUGGAAUGUUCUUGCUUGUUGCUCAACUUCUAUGCUGUGAAUAGCUUUUUAAACGUAAGAAUUGUUAAAUAAAUACAUAUGGUACAGUGAAAAGGUUAUUCACUAAAGUGUAAAUUGUCAGGAAGCCAACAAGAAUUUAAAAUUUUAGUCAAAAAUAGCUGAACUGGGAAAAGAAUCUCCAAGCCAGCUAUGUUUCCCAACAAUUCACACUUUUAGUGAAUAUGCCUGUAAGUCAGAACUCAACUUUGUUCAUGGACAGCAUUAUCCAUGGUGGUUGAAGUGCUCAAAGUUUAGCAUAAAUAAACAAGAAGCAGAAAAAUAGAUUCUAACUGUAUAUCCCAUUCCAGCCCAGGACACUUAAUUGACAGGUGAUUGGCAACCCCUAUAUAAUUCAUUCAAAUCAGUGAAAGUGUUAAUUGAACACUGGCCAAGCUGAUGUAUUGGAUGGAUUCCAGCCAUCAAAUCCCAGCAGAUGAGAUAAGACAGAGUAUAUUUAUUAAAAUGUUCGUGAUGGAUGUGAAAUGCUCAUAUUGCAUCACUGUGCGUGCAGUAUUUCAAAACAAUUUAUACAUCACAUUUACUUUUACAAAUUUACUUCUAGCAUAAACUAGUUUACACUGUUCAGUAGCACCUCAUUGAAUGCAAUUUGGAGAGAAACUGUCAAAUGGGGUUAAUCACAGGUUACGUUAAUGUCAGGUUUCACUGCUCUGACUUAUGCAAGUAGUCUUGCUAAAAUACACCAAUAGCAUUAGUGAAUGACAAGGACAUUAUCAUAAGAAUAUACGUACAAAUAGCAUUGACUUGCAGUAUUAACACCAGAUUUAUUUAUUUUAAUUACUAGUCGAAUGCGCAAGAUGUAACCCAAACAGGAUGGCCUUGUGAUAGAUUGUCCUCAUUAUCCAUGUUUUAUGUAACAACUGUUGAAAACUCAAUAAAAAUUGUCAAAUUGAUAAAAAGAAAAACAAUAUAUACAUAUGUAUGUAUCUGAGGAAUGCUUCAGCAGCACAGCUAUUGCUACCUGAGAAAAUGGAUUUCUUUAAACAUGUUGGGCAAUAAUAGCAAGUAGUUACACCACUAGCUACUGCAACAUCUAUGAGUACUAGUUAUCUACGUGCCCAGUCCAUAGAUGGCUAAGCAUUAUGGGAACUGCAAACCCAACAAUUUAAAUGGAUAAAGAGGGACAUCUUAAUUUUAGGGGUGUGGCCAUAGGCAAACUAUUAGGAGGAAUUAUUGGUGACUUACUGAUACAAUUUUAUGCAACUACAAUUUGAUUUAGAAUACGAACAAUGCAUCUUAUUUACACAGACUGAUUUCUAAACACCUUUAUUGCAGUUUAACCCCUUAAGGACCAAACUUCUGGAAUAAAAGGGAAUCAUGACAUGUCACACAUGUCAUGUGUCCUUAAGGGGUUAAAGAGACAUUACUGUAAGUAUUAUUACUGUGGGGCUCUGUACAUUCACACACCAAGACUAUUGAGCUCCUACAAAAGAGGGGCAGAUGUAUUUGGACCAUAAAUGAGGACACUUAGGAGUUAUGGAACUAUAGUUCAGCAACUGAUAGAACAGUCAUUGCUAAAUAAGUGAUUCUAUAAAGCAACAUCCACCAUCCCACCCAAAAAAAAACCCCAAACAAACAGCCAUUAUUUCAGUAACCUAUGUGACUUAUCAUAGGAGUUUAUACAUUAAAUUUGGAAUUCCAGAGAACUGAAAAAGAAGAUGUAGCGGAUCCCCUUUAUUCCGGCUGAAUAUAUCCAUUAGUAGUCUCCCGAAUCCCAAGUGCUGCAGUAAUUAUAACUCUCCUGUUUCCAGCAGAGUAGUGAUUAGAGCUCUCCAAUCCCACAAACAUGUACCUAGACUUCAUGAAGGGGUAGAACGAAUGUGUUUAAUGGGAGCCACACACUUUUUAUGUAACUCCCUAUGCAAGGGGUUUCCCUAAACAUAUUCCAGGGGCAUUCCCUGCUGGAGCUAAGAGGAGACUAGUUACAAGCAAACAUUCCACACACUUCUCCCCUGUGCUGGAGAGAUAAUUACCUGAGCACACAAACAUAUAAUUAAAUUAUCUCUCAGGUACAAAACCAUACAAUAUAACAAAAACCCCCAAAUACCCCCAAAACACAUGAAAAUUCCACAAUUUGGGAUUUUCAUGUAAGUCACAUUUUUGACCGACUGUGCACAUGGUCCUAUGCCCAAAACAGUUCAGUGAAAUCAGGGUUUACGGUCGACCUAGUUCGGUAGUUUUUAAUACCGAAUGGGAGGCAAGUAAAACACAAAGUUUAUAAGAGGUUCCUGGACUGGGGAUUAGCACAGCACAAGGAAGGAAAAAUAGGGGUUUUGUCACAGAAGACUUUAAAGGACCACUAUAGUGCCAGGAAAACAUACUCGCCCGGCUCUGGAAGGGGUUAAGGGGUAAAAACUUACCUUUUUCCAGCGCUGAGCUCUCCUCCUCCGAUCCUCCUCCGUUCCUACCCGUCGGCUGAAUGCGCACACGCGGCAAGAGCUGCGCGCGCAUUCAGCCGGUCACAUAGGAAAGCAUUAUCAAUGCUUACCUAUGGACGCUUGCGUGCUCUCACUGUGAUUUUCACAGUGAGAAGAACGCAAGCGCCUCUAGCGGCUGUCAAUGAGAGGAAAUAGGGGAAGACUUAAUCCAUUCAUAAACAUAGCAGUUUCUCUGAAACUGCUAUGUUUAUGAAAAAAUGGGUUAACCCUAGCUGGACCAGGUACCCAGACCACCUCAUUAAGCUGAAGUGGUCUUGGUGCCUAGAGUGGUCCUUUAAAAUUAAUGCUAAAAUAGCCAAACUUGAAAAAUUCUCAGUCAGCUAUACUUCCAGUAUGGCCUUAAAGAGACACUAUAGGCACCAAAAACUUUAGCUUAAUGAAGCAGUUUGGGUGUAUAGAUGCCAUUGCAGCCUUACUGCUUAAUUCUCUGCCAUUUAGGAGUUAAAUCACUUGGUUUUUUGCAACUCUAGUCACACCUCUCUGCAUGUUUAGCUUUCCUAAUCACUUCAUGUAAAGAGGGAUCUAACUUUAUUGCAUAGACUCCUGUGUGUGAUUAAAGUUCAAUUUACAGAGCAGGAGAUAAAUACUUAUAAAGUUAACAUCUGAUUGAAAUUUAAACUUUUUUAAUGCAGGCUGUGUCAGUCACAGGCAGGGAGGUGUGGCUAGAGCUGUAGAAACAAAAGUGAUUUAACUCCUAAGUGACAGAGAAUCGAGCAGUGAUAAGGCAGGGGCAUGAUCUAUACACCAAAACUACUUCAUUAAGUUAAAGUUGUGUGGAUGCCUAUAGUGUUCUUUUAAAUUCAAAAAUUCCUUUCAAUUGAUUUUAAAUUCUCACUAUAGUGAAUGGAUAACCCUGUUAGUUUUUAAAGGUGCCGCUUACUAGAACAAAUUGAAGUAAAUGUGGUAAAUGAUAUGUGUUUGAUAAAAAUGUGAACCGUGCCCCCUGUACGGGAUUUCAUUUUUUAAAAUUAGAUACCAGAUAUGCAAAUCUGGUAAAAAUCAACACAUUUUCCUGUGCAUGUGACCUUAGUAAAUACCUGGUGAAAAUACAACAUCAUUUUCGUACUAUUUUGCGAACGCUGUCAUGGUUAAAAUGGUCGGUUGUUGGGAGUGAAAAAUUAAUUUCUAAUUUUAGUCCAAAAAAGAACUGAAGACAUAACCAAGAAUGUUUCUUGUAUGGCCCCAAAUUUGAAUUUCACAUCAAAUUUCAACAGUUCACUGGUUAGUGUAUAAUCCUGUGAAUCUAUUUUUACUUUUGUAAAUAAGUCUUGAAACAGUCAAAUUGGAAAAAUACCUGACAGUGUUAUUCAGAAAAGUUCAAAUGUCCCCAUACCUAUAGAGACAAUCCUUUUGGCUGUGUGCAGGGCCAUUUUGAUUUCAAUAUCUGGACAUUGCUCAUCCUAUUUAACAAUGUCUGAUUUUGCAAUUUCGACUGAAAUUUAGGCUGGGCAACUGAAACCCAGACUCUAAUGCUUCAGAUUCAGGCCUGGAUUAAAAAUAAAAUAAAAAAAAUGAAGGGGACAUGUAUAGCUUGACAAUUAUUUUGCAAACACUUUUAAACAAAUAUACAAACCAAAACACAGCAAGAAAACUUGAAAUAGUAUGUAAUAUAUAAACUUACUAUAAACUUGGUCAGAUUACAUUGUUGGAAAAAUCUUAGCAAGGAGAGUUUCUUCAGCCCCCCUCUCUUACCCACCCUUCUCAGUUUCAGACUAGUCUACGAAGGACAGGAACAGGGCAUCAUUGUACAGCAGCAGGGAGCAGUGAUGUCCCGAACGGUUCGGCGAACAUAUGCGCUGUUCGGUCCGCCCCCUAUUCGUCAUCAUUGAGUAAACUUUGACCCUGUACCUCACAGUCAGCAGACACAUUCCAGCCAAUCAGCAGCAGACCCUCCCACCUCCUGGACAGCUCACUAAGAAUGCAGCUUCACAAUGAAUGUAAAAUGGAUGCUGUCCAGGAGGUGGCAGGGUCUGGGAGGGAGGGUCUUCUGCUGAUUGGCUGGAAUGUGUCUGCUGACUGUGAGGUACAGGGUCAAAGUUUACUCAAUGAUGACAUAGGGGGCGGACCGAACAGCGCAUAUGUUCGCCAUCCGCGGCGAACCGUUCGAGACAUCACUAGCAGGGAGAAAAAAAAAACAAGACAUAAAUGACUGCUCUGCAUUAUCACACUCAUUAGACUCUCACUUCUCCUCCUGUCAAGAUGUGUAGUUGGAAGAUCUUUUCACCUGGCAGCAUGUGUAAAUCUGUCAUGUAUGCCCUCGCACUUUUUCCAGCAUUCCUAGGGAUAUGACACUGAUUGGUUAAAUCGGUGUUUCCCCUCGACUGGGUUUAGAAAGAAUAAAAAAAGAAAAAGCAGGUAAAUAUUGAAAAAAAUAUCAUAUGUACCUGCUAUUUAAGUCCUGCAAAGUGAGGCAACUGCUUUAUUUAAAGCUAAAUUUACUAGGAACAAGACCCAUCCCUCAUCUCACUAGCAGUCAUGACAGACAGGAUAAUGGUGAGCAAAUCAGAGCCGAUGUGGACUGGGAGCAGAGGGGGAUAACAUGGGGAUGGGCAGGACAUGACACAUUGAAGAGGACAAUAUGCUACUCAAUGGUACUAGCACGGUCCCAUGUUAAAUUUUGACUGUUGCCGAGAUGAUGCCGAUUCAAGAAGAAUCCGUUCACAUUGGAAUGUAUUCUUUCUAUACAUAUGUCUAUCCCUUUCAUUUUUCUUACCCAUUUCUUAUAUUUGAAAUGUAUCUUUGGUAAUGUCAAACUCCCCUGAGUGGGAUGGUGUUUGCUUGUGUUGACACCAAUAAAGCUUAUUUAAAACAAAACUAAAGCUAUUGAAUGAAACAGUUGUCUCAAAGUGAUUCAUGCCCUUUAUAUCAGAUAAGGCUUCCCUUUGCACCAUAUGACAGAUGCCUGUAAAAUAAUUAUUAAUUAUUAUUAUUGCCAUUUAUAUAGCGCCAACAAAUUUCGGGGGGAUGUAACUAUAAAUAGGACAAUUACAAGAAAACUUACAGAAACGAUAGGUUGAAGAGGACUCUGCUCAAACGAGCUUACAGUCUAUAGGAGGUGGGGUAUAAAACACAAUAGGACAGGAAAUAGCAAUUAAAUAAGGUGGGAGUGAAGCAGAGCUGGAGGAGAGAGUAGAGUGCUGCCCUUUAGGAGAGAGCAAGAGACAGGUAUGUGAGGUAGAGGUUACUCUGGGAGGCCAUACGCUUUCCUAAAGAGAUGGGUUUUAAGGCACUUCUUAAAUGAUUGAAGACUAGGGGAGAGUCUGAUGGCGUUAGGCAGGCUAUUCCAUAGGAAGGGAGCCGCCCGCAACAUGUCCUGCAAGCGUGAGUUGUCCGCAUGCGUGUGAGCAGCGGACAGGAGAAGGUCACGGGCAGAGCGGAGAGACCGAGAAGGGGCAUACCUAUGGAUCUGUGAAGAGAUAUAAAAGGGGCUAGAAUUUGUCAGUGCUUUAUAGGUAUGGGUUAGCACUUUGAAUGGACUCCUAUAGGAUACAGGAAGCCAGUGUAAGGACUGACAGAGGGGUGAGAUGACCAACUAGAAAGGAAAAUCAGUCUGGUGGCAGCAUUCAUUAUAGACAUUCAUUAUAGACAUUGUAGUGUAAGAAAAAAGGAAUUCAAGUGUGACAGGCGCUUCAAAGUUAAAGACGUGUCAAACUAGUGUAAAACCAAAGUGAUUCCCCAACACUUAAAUAAGUAUAACAGACUGUAGUGGGCUAUGUUUUUAAGAUGGAAUCUACAAGACUUAGUAACAUGCUGGAUGUGAGGUCAAAGGUGAGGUCAGAAUCAAGUAUUACACCAAGACAGCCCUUGCAAGGAUGGACUGGUGUGGAUACCGAUAACUUGAAGGAAGAGUGAAAGAGGAGGAUCAGUAUUAGGAGGGGAAAAGACAAGGAGCUCAGUUUUAGAGAGAUUUUGUUUCAGAAAGCGGGAGGACAUCCAGUCAGAGAUGGAAGAAAGGCAAUCAGUGACACGUUGGUAAUGUUGGGGUCAGUUUGACCAUAAGGGAUGUUUUAAACCUCCCUAUACCUACACCAGUCAAGCAGCAGGUGGGGGCAUAUUUGGUAAAUGUUUAUAACUAGCGACUGGGCAACCAUGGCUACCCAGCUAGUUAUUUAUUUAUGAACUUUUUAAUAGUUCUAGUAAGAGCUGGCCAGCCACCACAUAAUUAACCCUUGCAUUGCUAAGGAUUUUUUUUUUUUUUUAACUAUUUGUAAAAAAAAAAAAGAGUGGACUAUAAUUUGCAAAUAUACAUCCCAUGCAAAAGGCAGAUACCCACGGACCAGCCUAAUCCGAGACUCAGACCCACGCCCCACCACCGCAUGAAGACCUGACUCCACGACCACACACUACCACAGAGGAGGGGGCACCACUGCACCCUACGACCAGCCCACUCAAGCCAUAUACCCCCACACGCAACCCAAACGCAAUUGCAGGCGACAAUAAGCACCAGAGGGCAGCAAUCCAAGGCACGGCCCACAAGGAGCAUAGCCACACAUACACAUACAUACACGGGUUCCGCAGCCAUCAGAGACAUAGGUUGGACAACAACUGCCUCCCUAGACCACCAACACAGAAAAUAAACAACGCAGCCACAAAGGGCCUCGGGCAUCGUAACGACCGACCGGGCAACCUAAAACAAUGACGACAAUCACCACCUGGGGCACGGUUCACGCCCCACGCACAGAGACAAAACACAAACAACGCGCCAUCCACAGACACACAAGCUGAAUACCCACCAAAGCCCCCAAGGGAAAUGGGAAAUCACGCCCCAAGACUAGCCUUAGACCUUCACGCCAUCACCACCAUGCCUCUCUGGUAACGACUCCGUUUACCUGUCUACCCUUAGCAACACACAGCUAGAUGACAAACAACAAGACAAAUGGAAAAAUAGUCUAAAUCCAUAACCUGAACGAAGUCAUGUGGAUUAGUAGAGCAAGUAUCUGUUGCAAAUCCUAGUUCCUAAUGUACCAGCACGUUUUAUCUGAAACGCCUCUGCGCAGGCAACCAUAAGCUUUCCAUGAAACAAGAAAGACUACCUGCUUGUACUUGCAACACCAAAUACAAAUGAAACAUUUAAAACAAAUCCGCCUCUGCGCAGGCAACCAAAGGAAUACUGUGUUAGAUCAAUGUUGCAGCCCCUGCGUGGGCAAUCAUUUGUCUUAUUAUAAAUCAGUUUGAUGCCUAAAUUCCUAAUGUGCUUAAAAUAAAAAUAUUCAAAACAAAUAUACAUCCCACCGAAUGCAUUCAAUUUUUGGUGAAAAUUUGUGCUUUGUGAGUCUUCCCAAUCCUUUACUUUGAAUAGGGUUCAGACUUGAAAUCACAGAUUUUAAUCCAAAUACCAAAUGCAUGAUGACGAUUGGUACAGAUUUGCUCUGCCCGACUGAAUUCCGAACAUAUAUUAGUGAAUAUGAAUAUGAGAAUUGCCACUGCGUUCGGAAUUCAGUCAUUUUCAUCCACUGUUUAGUAAAUAACCAUGUGCGAUUUGUUUCUUUUUUACUAUAUUGGUGUUAAAUUGGCAAUCCUCUGCUCAGUUCACCAGAAUUCCUGAUUUAGGGAAUAAACCUUUGUACAUGAGUUUGCUGUAUGGGAUUUCAUUUGUUAAGUAACAUGUUGUCCAUAGAGAUCCUGAAACAUAUAGAAAUGACUCAUUUCAAGUUUUUAUGCAGACCAGUAUUUGCUCUUCAUGCUGAUGGGCUGUAUAUGAAAAGAUCUAUUGUGCAGUAUCAAGUAUUUCUAUGUUACAGGAGGGAAAUUCAUUAAUCAAAGUUGUCCCUUUGGGAUCAGUCUUGGAUAUGAAUUUCUUUCCUGCUACAUGGUAGCAUGUUUUUUACACUGAAGUCAUACGUGUACAAGAAAAUAUAGAUGAUUUGGCAAUCCUACAUUACAUGGUCAAAUAGUUGUAGUUUAAAGGAACACAGCACUCUGAAGUGUUCGUGUAGCUAAUAUUGCCCUGGCUUUCUUUAACCCCUUAAGGACACAUGACAUGUCUGACAUGUCAUGAUUCCCUUUUAUUCCAAAAGUUUGGUCCUUAAGGGGUUAAAGUAUUCUUCAAAUAGCUUUUAAAAUGUGUAUAUAUAUAUAUAUAUAUAUAUAUAUAUAUAUAUAUAUAUAUAUAUAUAUAUCUUCUAAAUGUUCUACCUUUGGCUUAAAGGAUCACUAUAGGGUCAGGAACACAAACAUGUAUUCCUGACCCUAUAGUGUUAAAACCACCACCAUCUAGCCCCCCUGGGCUCUUUCAUGCCUCCAUAAAUAUAGCAAAGUCUUACUGUAUUCAAGCCUGAAGCUGUAACUCUGCAUGCUGUUUGCCUCAGAAAAAUGCUGACAUUAUCAGAAGUGGUAGCCUGAUCCAGUCACAAUGCUUCCCCAUAGGAUUUAUGUAGCAAAAAAGAGGAUGAUCUGCUAAAUGAAUAACAAGAACAAUGCAUAGCGCAUAACUGUAUGUAUGAAUAAACCAAAUGUAUAAAUGACAAGUUGCCACUCACACUUUUGUUGAAAUAAGAAUGCCUUGAGAAUAAAUUUCUUUUUUCAGCAUAAAUGCUUUUCCAGGAAAAGUUCUUCCACCACUUUUAAACUCUCAUGGAACAAUUAAAAGGUGUGUGCUCAAAAAGAAAAAAAUAUAGAACUGUAGUACACAUUUAAAAAUGUAGAAAGAAUAAUUUAAUCACAUCAAAAUAUAAAACAAUGCAUGUAUUCUGUCACCACCAGGGGUCCUACGCAUUUCGUCCGUAUGUAGGACUUCCUCAGGGACUUCAGUGACCAGAAAUGACAGCAUACAAAUGAACAAUAUAAAAAACCCUUCCCUCCUCCAUCCUUUAUACCCCUCCCAAUGUCCACAAAACUCUUCAUUUGAUCCAGGUGUUUUCGGUCCCGCGGCCGGUUUCUAUGACGUCAUCCUAUGCGCCUGUCCAUCUCACAUGCGUUCCACCAUGCGUUCCACCGCCGAAACCCGGAAGUACUCCAAAUCUUCAAUUCACAAGUCACACAUCUUUUUUUCUUUUUCAAAGUCCCUUUCAAAAGGCACAAAUUCAGUGUAUAUGGACCGGAGGCAGAAAAAAGAGAGUGGGGGAAGGUUACACACUUCAAAUGGCACUACAGAAUUCUAUAGUAAUACACCAAACUCAAUCCUAAUGAAACUUAUACAAACUGUAUAAAUAUAUAAAAUAAAUUAAGAAUUUAUAUAUUUAUACAGUUUGUAUAAGUUUCAUUAGGAUUGAGUUUGGUGUAUUACGAGUAAAUCUUAUGUAACUAGAAUUCUGUAGUGCCAUUUGAAGUGUGUAACCUUCCCCCACUCUCUUUUUUCUGCCUCCGGUCCAUAUACACUGAAUUUGUGCCUUUUGAAAGGGACUUUGAAAAAGAAAAAAAAGAUGUGUGACUUGUGAAUUGAAGAUUUGGAGUACUUCCGGGUUUCGGCGGUGGAACGCAUGGUGGAAUGCAUGUGAGAUGGACAGGCGCAUAGGAUGACGUCAUAGAAACCGGCCGCCGGACUGAAAACACCUGGAUCAAAUGAAGAGUUUUGUGGACAUUGGGAGGGGUAUAAAGGGUGGAGGAGGGAAGGGUUUUUUAUAUUGUUCAUUUGUAUGCUGUCAUUUCUGGUCACUGAAGUCCCUGAGGAAGUCCUACAUACGGACGAAACGCAUAGGACCCCUGGUGGGGACAGUGAGAAUACAUCCAUUGUUUUAUAUUUUGUUGUAAGUGAUUAAAUUAUUCUUUCUACAUUUUUAAAUGUGUACUACAGUUCUAUAUUUUUUUUCUUUUUGAGCACACACCUUUUAAUUGUUCCAUGAGAGUUUAAAAGUGGUGGAAGAACUUUUCCUGGAAAAGCAUUUAUGCUGAAAAAAGAAAUUUAUUCUCAAGGCAUUCUUAUUUCAACGAAAGUGUGAGUGGCCACUUGUGGUCAUUUAUACAUUUGGUUUAUUCAUACAUACAGUUAUGCGCUAUGCAUUGUUCUUGUUAUUCAUUUAGCAGAUCAUCCCCUUUUUUGCUACAUAUAUUCUAUUGAAGACAAGAGAAAGUCUUUGGGGAAAAUCCUACCUGGUUCAGUGAGGUUUUUUUCUGCUAUUUAUCUAUUGAGCACUUAUUGCACUGUGGUUUGUGCACACACAUUGCUUUUUGUAUUUCCCCAUAGGAUUGUCUGAGACUGACAAGGAGGCAGAUCAGGGGCAGAGCCAGCAUGAUUCAAACACAGCCCUGGCCAAUCAGCAUCUCCUCAUAGAGAUUAAUUGAAUCAAUUCAUUUCUAUGAGGAAAUUCAAAGGGAGGAGAUACUGAAUGUUUGGAUGCAUUUUAGGCAGCCAUGACCCAGGAAGGAUAUCGAACAGCCAUCUGAGGAGUGGCCAGUGACGUUAUCACUAGGCUGUAAUGUAAACACUGCAUUUUCUCUGAAAAGACAGUGUUUACAGCAAAAAGCCUGCAGGUAAUGAUUCUACUCACCAGAACAAAUUCAAUAAACUGUAGUUGUUCUGGUGACUAUAGUGUCCCUUUAAGUUUAUCAAAGUGCCAAUAAAUUGUUCAUAGGUGUGUGUAGUCUGAAUUGUGUAACAAGCAAAACCACAUAAGAGCAGAUUGUUCUCUGACAUGUGUCCAACAUAGCCAGAUACACCAGGGAAAAUCAUAGUUCUUCAUACUGUAAAUCAAAUUAAAAGUGCUGCCUGGUAGUAUAUAGAAUUAAUAUGACACAGGAAACUCAGUAAAUAUAAAGUAACACUCAGGACACCAAAGCACCCUUUUACCUUCAAGUGUUAAAUUAUUUUCACAUGGUUUGACUCUUAAAUAGAGUACCCUGACUCCAGUUCACCCUCCUCUCCUCCAGGUGCCCGCAAAUACAAAAGCAUUUACUUAAGCAACAGUUAUAAGCUGUAGGUAAAAUCACAUAGAUUUCAGUUAUUCUUUGAAAUGACAGAGAAGGUGAUCUCUGAUUUCUACAAUAUAUGUUGUAUCAACUAAUUAAAGAAGUUCACAUGGGAGUCUUCAAUGAAUUAUUGAUAGCUUUCCUCGAGCAGAGGAAUCUCAAAUUGCCCCGUAGCGAUACCUCCAGUGGCCACUGGAGGUGCUGUGCAGCGCUCUGCAUGGAGACACUGACCUUUUAACACAUAGAUGCAUUGAUUCAAUGCAUCUCUUAGAGGAGGUGCUGAUUGGCCAAGCCAGCAUUUGGUCCCCAUCCCGCCUCCUUCAGCCAAUCCAGUGCUUUCCCGAUGGCCUUUCAGGUGAGUUCUACAUUAACAAUUCACUUUGCUUUCAGCAAAAAGGCAAAAUCUCUGAGUCAGAAAAGGGUAUUUUUCUAGACCCUUACACACUUAUUAACACUUAAUAGAGAACACAUGUGGGGUGGAGGACAGUAACAUCGCUGUGUGAUACAAAAGCAAAUAAAAACAUAACUUUUUUUAGUAAAAAAUAAGUAGAUUUAUAAAACAACGUCUUUGAUUGAUUUGUUUGGCUUGAACGAGUCUUGUUAGACAUAGAGCUAGAAUUAUUUCUAGGGCUCCCAGCGUAACGGAGCAAUCAUGUGGUUGCACAUAGGGAAACAGUACGUGACAGCACACAUACGGUGCACGUUAUGUAUACACAGCUUGUGUGUUUGUCAUAAGGGAUGAUUACAGACACGAAUGUGCAUUCCCUAAAUAUCUCACUUUUUUUUUUAUAUAUGUUGCAGUUAAGUAUUCAUUAAACUGUGAAUUGUUGGGAAUUCAAUGUGAAUUUCACAUUCCAGCCUUCAACAGCUGAAUUAAAUUUUUUCCAGAUUGAUUCUUAUGACCUUUAAUUUGAAAUUUGCUUUAAAUUCCUAUUAUUUCACAACUGAAGUUGCUAACCACAAAAUACACACUUUUUUUUUUUUUUACUAGCGGGAAAAAGUAGAAGAACAAACAAUUUCUAGAAUGUUUAUGCAAACAUAUUUUCAUAAAUAUUUUCAGGGCCUGUAUAUUUAGUUGUUAACCGUUUCCUUAGACAUCGGGUGUUUUUUAAAAUUCUGAUUAUUUUAUUAUCUAUAUAGCGCCAGCAAUUUCUGUAGUGCUGUACAAUGGGUGGACUAACAGACACGUAUUUGUAACCAGACAAAUGGACGCACAAGAACAGAGGGGUUGAGGGCCCUGCUCAAUGAGCUUACAUGCUAGAUGGAGUGGGGUAUAGUGACACAAAGGGGUAAUGAAAUGGGUAGGGGUAAUGAAAUGGGUUGCUAGAAAAGUAAUCACUGAGAAGUAGGGGUAAUGAAAUAGGUUGCUAUAAAAGUAAUCACUGAGAACUUAGUAGGUUACUUUUGACAGUUGCAGGAAAUGAGUCAUGGGGGGGAAAGGGGGGAUGAAACCCCGCUAACAGUUUAGAUGAUAUGCUAUCCUGAAGAAGUGUGUUUUCAAUUUUUUUUUGAAGGAAUGGAGACUGGUGAAAGUCUAACGGAGAAGGGAAGGGAGUUCCACAGAAAAGGUUGCAGCACUGGAGAAGGCUUGAAGGCGAGCAUUAGACGUGGGAGUAUGGACAGAGGAUAGGCAUAGGUCUUCGGUAGGGCGGAAGCGAGCUAAGUUUUUGAGAUGGAAGCAGCAAGAUUUGGUGAUCGACUGGACAUGAGGGGUGAAGGAGAGGUCGGAGUCAAAGAGAACACCUAGGCAACAGGCCUGCGAGGUAGACGUGAUGGUGAUGCCGUUGACUUGGAGGGAGACAGACACGGGAGUAGCAACACUUGAGGGAGGAAAGACCAGAAGUUCUGUUUUGGACAGGUUGAGUUUAAGGAAGUGAGCAGCCAUCCAGUUGGAAAUCACGGAGAGGCAGUCAGAGACACGGGUCAAGACGGGCGGAGAGAGAUCAGGAGGGGACAGGUAAAUGUGUAUCAUCUGCAUAUAAAUGAAAAUGGAAGCCAAAGGAGCUGAUGAGUUUACCAAGGCAGGCAGUAUAUAUAGAAAACAGUAGGGGACCAAGGACAGAACCUCAGGGAACACCAACAGAGAGGGGUUGGGAAGAAAAAGAAACACUGAAAAAGCAUCGGAAGAGAUAGGAGGAGCACCAGGAGAGCGCAGUAUCCCAUAGACCGAGGUUACGGAAAAUGAGAAGAAGCUGUUGAUCAACAGUGUCAAAGGCAGCAGAAAGAUCAAGGAGAAUUAGGAUAGAGUAAUGGCUGCGAGAUUUAGCAGCGAUUAAAUAAUUGGAUACUUUGGUCGCAGCUGUUUCAACAGAGUGACGAGCGCAGAAUCCAGACUGAAGCGGGUCAAGCAGAGAGUAGGAUUCGAGGAAGCCUGUCAAUCUGGUAUACACAACUCUCUCAAGGAUCUUGGAGGCAAAUGGUAGGGCGGUAGUUGGAUGGGGAGUUGGGGUCAAGGAUGGGCUUUUUCAGAAUCCGUGUUAUGGUUGCAUGCUUGAAGGGUGAGGGAAAUGUGCCAGAGGAAAGGGAGAGAUUGAAAAUUUUAGUGAGAGGAAGAGGAAAGUGAAACAUUAGGGAAUAGGAUUGAGGGAACAGUUGGUGGGGCAGGAGGAGAAACUUCUUCCGUUGUAGUAGGUGCGAAUGAGCAUAGAACAGCAGAGGGGUUUGGUGAUGUAUUGGAAGAUGUAUUGGAAGGGGAGGGAGAGAGGUUAGAGAUAUCUUACCUGAUUGUAGAAAUCUUCCUAGUGAAGUGAGUUGCAAAGUUUGAGGCGGACAGGGUGGAAGGAGGAGGGGGAGCAACAAGGCGAAGGAGAGUAUUAAAAGUCUGAAAUAGUCGUUUGGGUUCGCAGGAGGGUCUUGAAGAAAUUUACUUGCAGAGGAAAGAGCCAGAGUGUAGGAGCUCAGGUGCAGAGUGAAACUUUCUCCAACAGCGUUCAGCAGUUCUUGAACAUUUUUGAUGAUAUUUCCAGAAUUCCCUUGUUUCACUGACUGGUUCUAUCAGGGGUAUGCACUAAAGUGGCAUGCAUUGGAGUAGUCCUGGUGCAGAUAUAAAUAAAAUAAUCUUUAUUUAACAGAAGGGAAACAAUAGUCUUGAAAAAAUUAUUGUUAUUUUCAGGACUGUAGGUAACCUUGAAUCAAACGAUUAAAAAGUGAAAUAAAUUAUGUUAAACAAGUAAUUAACGCCUAAAACAUUAAAGGUGUUUUCAGAAAGGACUUAAUUUGGGUCUGACUGGCUUGUCAUGAUGAGAGCCAUUAAUUGAGUUACCUGUGAUUAGGCAGGAAAACUGACUUGUUUUGUGCAUUUGAUUUUGAUUGGAACACCACUUAACAAGAGGCUAGUGGGAGAAAGUUAAUAGUAAUUAGCACACAGCUGUUCUGCCACUUAAUGAGGUGUUGGACCAGCACAUUUUCAUUAUUACAAGCAGGACAACCGCACAUUAUUUUGCCACGGAUUUUACUCAAUAAGCCCCCUGGGAGGAGGAGCACACGUUCUAGAGCAGUAUUAUGUUCUACCUUUGCUUACAGGGUUAAUAUUUUACAUAAAAAGCAGUACACAUACUCAUAUAUCUUGACACUUUUUUUUUUUUUUAAGGGGGGCGGAUCUGGUACCGAUGUUUGAUAAUCAGGCAGUUCUGGGAAUGUUUAGAUGUAUUUUUGACCUAGUGAUAGCUAUUUUUUGUAACUUAACUAUUAAAGGGAUACUAUAGUUUUAGGAACACAAAGCUGUAUUCCUCACACUUCUGCUUUCCCUCUCCCUCGCAGCCUCCACCCCCAGCUCAGAAAGGUUUAAAAACCAUUUUGUUGACUCACCCGAUUCCAGCAUCGAUGUCCCUCUGCGCUGGGUUGGUGCUCCGCCACCUCCAAUGUCAUCCAACAGGGGAGGCAUAAUGCGCAUGCGUGGAGCUCGCAUUAGGCCCUCUCCCUAGGACAGCAUGCAGUCAAUGCUUUCCUAUGGGGAUUUAACUCACACUGGAUGUCCUCAUACGUCCAGCGUCAGUUAAGCAUCCUAAAGUCUGGUAAGAUCCGAGAAGCGCCUCUAGCAGGUCUCGUAUGGACAGCCACUGGAGGCAGUCUUAGCACUGCAAUGUAAACAUGUUUACAUUGCAGGACAAAGGGUAAUAGAGACAGGUUCUAUAGUGUCUAUUUAAUAAGAAUCAUUCAUUUAUAGACAGGUUUAAUGUAUUUUUAACAUAUUAUUACACAUUUUAUUUCUGUGUAGUCUGGUAAUACUCAUAUAUGGUGCAACAGACUUUGGGAUUUAUUCACUGAUGUCUAAAUAAAGACCUAAAAAAGUUCUGUGAGAAACAAACAAACUGUAUUUAAAUGUAUUUACAGUUUACAUAUUUUUUCAAUUCUAGUUGAAAUACAGUUUACCACCAAGUGAAAUCUACACAACGUAAAGGAUUUGCAUAUGUAUCAAAACCCUGGUUUCCUGUACGAGGAAAAUUCACAAAAUAAGCCCACCUGCAUUUGCAGGCAAACCAGCAAUCUGCACUAGUUAAAACAGUAUUAAAUGAAACAAAUGCAACAAACAGGGGUCUUCCAAAUCCCGUACUAACUAGGAAGCCCCAGUACAUAGAUAGGACGCCCCAGUACAUAGUUUACAUAGUUUGCUAAUGGUUUGACAACUAACCUGAGGUCCACUGGGCACCAGUAACCUCCUGUAUUGCUUAUAGGGUUACUUUAAUAAUGAAGAGGAUGGGAGCGAACUUUUAGCUCUCAUUAUUAUUAAUUACAGCUUUUACUAGUUGGAAUUCACAACUAACCACCUUCAAAUUAGAAAGUACUGAAUUUCCAUCAUUCCGUUCUGCAUUUCAAGUGUUCAGUUAUUGGAUUUUGGAACCUAAGAUAGUCGAGGUUUAUUAUUCAUAAUAUCAACUCAGGGCAUGUUGACAUUAGUGGAUUACACCAUGUGGGUUUUAUCACUGUGGAAGUCUGAUACAUAUUGCACAUUACUGUAAGUUUUUUGCGGUCGAGACAGUGUCAGGGCUAAUGAACAGAGCAACGGGCAAUCAUUAUUAGCCUCCUCUAACAGAAUAGGGUCUCAGCUGUUGCCCAGUCAUAACUACUUCAGCUCAUUAUUUAUUUAGUGAUGCAACUUGUGUCACUACUGUCACUGCAAGGGUGCAUAAUUUAUUAUUACACUAUGGAGUAUUGCUAUUUAAUAUAACUUCUGUAGUGCAGCAAUAAUUUGACCCCUGGGUAGAGGACAAAUCGCAGAGAGAAAUUGCUCUUUUGAUCAAAAGGGGCUUCUACAAGGUGUGAAAAGGAUUCCCCUUUUGAUCUAUCAAAGGCCCUGCAAGGUGAGACAUUUUACACUUGAGCUGCCUGUAUGUCUAGUUUCAAUGUAAACUGAUAGUUCAAUCCUUUGAUAUGGUAAUGGUAUUAGUUUCAUGAAGACCCUUGUGUUCCAGUAUCAUAUCCAAGAGAAACAUUAAUACUUACCCACAGCUUAAUAAUUAAGCCCUUAUUUUUAUUAUAUUUGGAAUGGGACAAGCCCAGUCUUUUAAUUAAGCCUAAACAUGAGUUGCACAACUUAAACCGUAUGGCAGGAAUUGUGAUGUCCAUCCUAUUGGAUUGCAGGUGGGGCAUGCAACGUGUCUAUGGGAUGGGAAAAUAAUAACAAAUUCAUAGAUGCAAUUAUUAUUUCUGUGGCAGGUAAAUAAGAGAAGAUGGAGCCAAAUGUUUCCAUUUGGAUUGACGUUGGUCUGGAACAAAGGUCACUUAUUAUUUCUAUAGGUAUGCCUUUACUCCACCCCUGGGCAAGACUUGAUAAUCCACAGGGUAUAUAUAUCCAAUGAUAUGGAGGUUUGUGGGUGUACUUGCUUGGGGCCAAGAUUCCAAGUGAGUCACCAUCAUCCUUCCUUGCCAGAGACCCCCUGGGCAGAAGUUUUACUUUGAAAACCUAAGUGAGUAAUUAGGACUCCUGUUAUUUUAUCCUUUUUGUUUUUAUCUGCUGUUGGUGUAAAUAAUUUGCUUAUCAUUUAUUUUUGUAUGCACUGUGACAAUUUUUUGCUCAUAAUAAACAUUCAUUUAUUAAAUUCUGCCUUUGUCUGGUUAAGAAUCACGUAACCUGAAGAGACCCAUUAGUAUUUUUACAUAGAGAUUGUGCCAUGUAAUAUUUGGUGUGUUUUUAUUAUUGAUUUACCUGGUGGACCAAAGCACCCCAUUUAUAAAUUGUCUUGGUGGUGGCAGCAUUAAAAUAGUAACAGUUAUAAUAUUAUGUUUAAGUGUGUGUAAAGGGUGAUUUUGUCAUUAUUUCCGGUCUGGUGCAGACAAAUAGUUAACCAUUUUGCCACCACAACUACAUCACGCACACUCUUAAAGUAGGGUGUGUUCGUGACAACUAGUGCAUCCUAAAAUGGCGUGACCAGCCUGGAAAGGGGGCAAAAACUAUACCCCCUUCAGCUCAUUUUUUAUUUAGCGAUGCAAUUUCACCCACAGAAGGGCCUUUCCAACCUGGUGUGACUGACUGUUUACCUCCCAUCCAGACCCACUUAGUUCAGUUUACCUACAAAGUGCUGCUGAAGCAAUCUCUGCAUGGUCCUAGGCCCCUUAUCACAGUGCCAGUGCAUCUGGCUGGGGUUAACUGCCUGGUGCCCCAAGAUGCAGGACAUCAAUUAACAAAAUCAGAACCCAAAUUCCAGGAUGUCCUGCCUAAACAGGGACAUUUGGAAGGCCUUUACUUUGGAUAGUGGUGUCUGGCGCUAUGUAGCGUUCAUAUCCUGUCUUCUUGAAAAGCAAGAAUUAAUUCAUGCAGGUGACAAUAUUGCUAGAUGUAUUCACUAAACUGUGAAUUCCAGAAAUUUCAAUGAAUAUCUCUGUGUGUGUGUGCUUAACAGAUUUCCUCUUGGGAGCAUACAAAAUACACAAACUACUGGAGAGAAACGUACUACCCGAUAGCGUGUACAAUUGAUAGACAUCAUUCUAACCAAUUUUUUUAAGGCACUACUUGGGUGGUACACAUAACAUUGUGUGAGUUUUUGUAGCAGGGCUUUAUUUAAGUCUCCUAAAUAUAAAUGUUUGAUGGAUUUUAAACAGCGCCCUCCGUUUUCCUGUGUUUAAUGAGCCCAUAAGGAAAAGCCCAUUGUGUUGUGAAACAAAACGUAAUCUUGUAACAUCACACACUGGCUCUCCAGAAUGUGGAAUUAACUACAUAACACUAUGGAAGUUAUUCACUAAGUACUGUAUAGUAAUGAACGGAGUAAGAGAAUCUGGGCUAGAAAAUUGAAUGUUUUCACUAUAGGUGAGCAUUGAUUAUUUUUUCCAGAUCAAGAUUUUCCAGAUCCCCUAUUAUUGCCUAAAUGUAAUUUGGUUUGCAUAAUUUGGUGCUUAGCGAGUAAACCCCUAUAGAAAUGUUUCACUAAACCUGCAAUUGUGAAGAACUGGUGAGUGAAUUGCUAACCUUUUUCCAAAACAGAUGAACCUAUGUUGGAGAAUUGUUUUUUCGUGUGCGGUUUUGACCUAAAAUAUAUAAUCUCUUUGUCACGUCUCCAACUUUUAUGAAUUCACCUUGAUCUACUGAAGUGCUUUAGAUUUCAGUUCUAGCUGCUUGAAGGCAGAUUUUGCCACAACUGUAUCCUAUACAAAUAAAUGCAUUUCCCAUAAUGAAGCUUAGACAGCUUUUUUGAUGAGACUAACGGAAAAGACACUCCACGUGUUUCUGAAACUAUCUUUUCUAUAAUGCUUAAUGAUUAAGAAACAUCUGGGUUUGCUGAACAUGACCAUCCAUGCUGUAGUUCUGCAUAUGGAGAUUUGGAAAGAAGUGUUAAAAAUUGUAUAGUUCACCAUUUGGAUAACUGAAGUGUUUGUUUCACAAAUAUAUGCAAGUAUUUCUUCUAGAUCACGUUUGCCUGAUAAUUGCAGGGGUCAAACACAUUGAGCCCUAUGAGUUUUUCCUCCUCCCUACGUACUGGCCUCAUGCACGUCUUCCAAAAAUAAUAGUUUCUUAAUAGAUUGGCUCUUUUCCUUUCAUUUCGGUCAAACCACCAUAUUGUGCAAUCAGUCAGCAGAUUCUAAUUAAAAUAGUUUAGUGGCAUAUUUAAAUGGCUACCCUUCCAAGCUGUAUCUGAUUGGUAGAACACAGUAAUCAUGGAUUCACUGAAAUUUGUACAGUUUUAAACCUUUGUUUUGUACAUUUUGUAUUGCUGGACAUGCACAUAACAACUGAAAAUGUAUUAACUAGUUUUUGGACUGAGAAGAGGCCCAUUGGAAUGCUGCUCUAAAUUACCCUAUUCUGAAGCUCAAAAUUCAAACAAAAAAAUGGAUAAACACUGGCUGUCCAGCUAUUAAUAAAUUACAUUUCCAGUAAUCCUCUGACAACUAGUGUGCUUUUGAAGGAUCAUGGGAAUAUUUGUUCAUUUAUGGCUUUAUUGCUAAAGUUUGGCCAUAUUUGGAGUAAAUUAUACCUUUUACUUAAGGCCUUAUAUAACUUCAUUAUGUAGAGCAGAUGGGGUUCAAGCGAAGUCCUUUUUUGCUACCCUUACUGCAUUGGUUUUUGCUAGAUUAGAUUGACUAGUGUGAACCGAAGCAGACUUUUAGACGAUUGAGAAGCAUUGUUAGGCGAUUUAGCAUCCUACCACACACCGCCCACCAUGGGGAUCUAUCAGUUUUUCUCGUCAGUUCCUGCCUUUAAUAUCUUGCUGCAUUAUCCCUUCAUGGGGUCUCAGUUUGUAGCCUUGUCCUUCCUUUAAAGGGAAUUUUUAUUUCCCAGAAAUUUUUAUAUUUUGUUUACUUAUCCCUAUAUUUACAAAAGAUGUGAAAAAUAUAAUUAACUUUAGAAAUGUGCACUUGAUUCUGCAACUUAAUGUUUUCAUCUUCACUCAUAAAAGGCAGUGUCUACCUACUGAGCCUACAGGGAAAGGCCACUCUAGUGGUUCUGGUGCCUUCAGUGACCCUUUAAUAGGUACAUUUUUUUAUGUUUUAUUCAAUGGUAUACAUGUCAGAGAGGUAACAGUGCCCCUUCAACAUCAAGCAGACUUAGUAAAUUUCAAAUUUAAAGCCAGAGUAGCUGAACUGAAACCAUAGGUGACUUAGAAAAUUAUUCAAAUUCAGUUAUUUUGUCUUUACAUUUGUAAUUCACUGUGAAUUUAUACUUUAGUGGAUAACCCUGGGUAAGGAAAUUCCUGCUACUCUUGUUUGCUUUAGACCAUUAGCGUAUGGGCCAUCACACUCUGUAUGUUUUGUAAAAAGUUUAGGUACACCUUUCCUUUGGUUCCAGGUUAAUUAUAUAUUGCAUUGUCUCUACACUAUAUUUUUUUGUGAAUGUACCCAUUGUACAAUGGAAAAUGUUGGCAAUUUGUGAAGAAAUUUAAUGAUAUUAAAUGAUACAUUGAUCAGCCAUGACAUUAAAACAUUGACCAGUGAAUUGACUGACAGUGAUUAUAUCGCUACAAUGGCACCUGCCAAGGGGUGGGAUAUAGAAGGCAGUAAGUGAACAAUCACCUCUUGAAUUUCAUGCAUUGGAAGCAGAAAAAAUUAGGCAACUGUUGUCAAUUAGACAACUGUUUCAGAGCAUCACCAAAAUGGCAAGUCUGUGGGUUGUUCCUGGUUUGCAGAGGUUAGUACCUACCCAAAGUGUGGUGCAAGGAAGGACAGGUUAGUCAAUACUGUGUGACAUAUCUCUGCAUGAAAAAAAUAAAGAAUGAAAAAAAAUAAAAUCUGUAACAAGAGCCCACCAGAGCCACCGAUACCGGUGCUCACCCUAAUGAACAGAAUAUAACAUGAUUCACUGGGGGGGCUAUCCGGUCAUUAAAAAGUCAGACCACUAAAUUAUUGGCUAUAGACUUCUUAACCAGGUUGAACAUAGCUCUGGAGGUUUUUUUUUUGUGUGUGUGUUUAUUAAUGUCAUCUACACUUUUGAAUUAGCUGAAAAAUGUCAUUAUACAUCCCUUUCCUCUUUAGGGUCAUUUUAAUUUGCCUUCGUUUGUUUCCAUGGGAGAAAUUAUCCUUCAAAAGAUUACAUUUUCUUUGGAGUAAUGCAACUGAUGUGCAAUUUGAGCCAAUUAAUUAGUUUUCUGAUAGAAAAUGGUAGAAUAGAUGUUCUUUGGACUUUUCUAUUAAACCAUGCCAUUGCCUUCUGUUAAAUCAUGUAGAAUCAAAUACCUUUUCAAUAGAUAAAUACAUGCCCCCACACCCACAACAUUGUUAAGAUAGUAUAGUGCUUCAGUUAAAAUAACCAAAUUUACUAAAGGCAAAUAAAGUAAUUUAAAAUAAUGAGCACAUUUUGCCUGGUACCCUCUGGUGUCUUCAUAAGCACCUUUAGGUACAGAAUUCUCAAGCACCCCCAACAAACCUGUUAAAUUAAAUACCAAUUUAAAUAGGAUUGUAGCAUAUACACAUAAAUAGACUAAGUGUGUUUGUAUAGGUGUGCGUGCACAUCACUAGCAGUGUGGGCAAAUGUAGUAGUGUGUGUUUGUAACAGUAUGGGAGGCAGCAUGUACAGUGUAGUUAGUAGUACGUGUGGGUAACAGCAUGUGUAGUAGAAGAGUGUGUGUGUGUGUGUGUGUACAGUGUAGGUAUCUGAGCUGGAUACAGUGAUCUCAGAGUGCUGGAGCCAGCAUACACUACACAGGAGGUGGGAAUGAGGAUUUUAACAGGCAGUGUUUGCGCCCCUACAGGACAUGUGCUUACUCUACCUAAUGGCCCUAGUAGGAGGCAAAUAUGCAAAAUAAAUACACUGUAUUUUUGCAAUAAACUCUACAGAAUUCUUAAAUAUUUUCUCACUUGCAUCACAAGCAACCAGAUAGUAAAUAGAAAAAUAUAUAUAUAUACACACCGGUAAUUAUUAUUUUACAUUAAUAAUAUAGUAUACCUUUAAAACCUAAAUGACUGGUUUUAUUAUGCGGAUGUACUGAACUCUUUCAUUAGUUAACACUUUCUUGUUUAACAUCAUGAAGAUGGUAUGAAUGACUGUUUCAAUUAAAAUUAGCAACUGUCUUCCAGCAAUUUCAGUUCAACCAAAUGGUAAAAACUUAGACUAUAUGUGUAGUGGCCAAUUAUUGAUAAUCACGGUGAGUGUUUGAGGGGAUAUUGACAUUUCUAGGCAGUAUUUUGGGGGAGCAAAAUACAAGAGUUUAUGAGAACAAUGAGAAUAGCCACCUUUAAAUAGCUUGCCUUAUGGUUCUAACUCAAGCUUCAGGCACAUUUCGGCUCACUUGUGCCAUUGCAGAGGGAACCUAUGCCAUUUCGCAUAGCAGGCUGAUCCCAUCAACAGUGGCAGUCCAGCAACCCAAGACAAUUGUUUCAGCCUUUAUUGGGCCUUGUUAGUUUGAUAUAGCUGAUACUCCUCUAGUCACAUUCCCCCAACAGUCCUGAUUUUGAGGUACUGUCCAACCAUCCCGAUUUAGUUCCCUGGUGUCCCACACCCAGGACACCACAGAACUGUCUUUGCGCAGCACAAGUGCAUCUUUAGAUCUGUUUACACUGUGCAUGUGCACUUGGACCUAGCAUAGAGCACUUCCAAAUCUCUCUCUGCAAGGUCCUGGGCUGGCCAGACAUAAUUAACUGUUAUUUACUUCAAAUUUAUUAAUUAUCAUGUAUCUAUUAAAUUUCCAUUUAAAUUCAUUAUCCAUAUUAGCCAUCAGAGAGGCAUUGGAAAGAAACAAAGUUAUUCAUUAUUGGCCUUAUCUAUCCAUCCAUGUCAGCAUUCGUCUUGUCUUGUCAGUAUGUCUGUAGUGUGCAUUGGGUGAACGUGCUGUAAUGUAGAGUCUGUUACAAAGCAGUUUAUAAAACUUGGCAUAGCUAUAAUGUAACUUCAGCAGUCAAGUUAGAUGUUCAGAGCAGGAUAUACCUGAAAAAUGUUGCUUAGUCUGAUGUUGCUGCCAAGUGCAUAGAGCUAGCAAACAAAACUGUAAUAAUGUAACGGGGCUGCAAACACUAACUCUGAGCAUACAGCACGGUUAGUUAAUAUUUUGCAUUUUUUUUAAAAGCACAUAUAAGCUUGAAAAAUUUUACAUCAGUCUAUAGAAAAAGCAAAGAAUAUUUUUGAUUGCUCCUAUGAACUAGUAGUAGUUAAAGGCAAACUAUAGUGCCCUUUGAAGUGGUCAUGGUGGCAUGAGUCUAUUUUGCAGCAUUUCUGCUUAAAAUGUUGUAUAUAAAGAGAUAUUUGAACGUUUGUUGCUGGGGCUAGUUACACUCAUUGCACACAUAACUUGGAACUCUGCUCAGCCAAUUGUCAAUUCUGUGCAAAAAUGACAUACAGCGCCAGGUAAGGGGAAGCUACGCUCUCCCCUCACUCUCUUCCUUUGUGUACUCCCACCUGCCUCCCUCUAUUACCGUUGUAUUGUCUUUAUUAACUCUCGAUCCCCAAGGCGGCUCAGAGUGCGCACUGAGCUUGUGAAAUGGUCCAAUCAGAUGCUUCUCUAUCAAAAACAUUUGAUUGAACCUCUUAAUGCCCCUGGUGAUGUUGGAUGGAAAGCAGCCCUGGAAACGUCACCCGAUGCUAGAUUUCAAGUAAGUUUUAGUUCUUUGUAAGUGUUAAAUGGGGGGAUCUAGCUAGUAAUGCCCAAACAGGACUUUGUAUAUUUUAAAUCACUUUUACAUAAAAAGGAUUAGAGUACUCUUUACAUUUUAAAUUCCCGACAACUCUCAUUGCAGGAUGGAUAACCCUGUUUGUCAUUGCCUUGGGCGGUAGUUUGAUAUCUAUCAAGAGUACUUAUUGUGUUCUUGUGACACAUUCAUUAUAUCAUCAACUGCUUUUACUUGAAUAAUAGGGGCUGGUGAUCCGCCUCUAAAUUAGUUUGGUUUCCCUGGGAAAUCCACUCAGUUUAUUUGUAGAUUUAUUUUAAUUAUCUCUCCCAAGUUACAGAAGUUGUGUCCAUAUUUUGCAUUUUUCUAUCAUUCUUCCUGGGUAAAAACACAACAAAAUAGGGCUUUGUAAAUCCACAAUUUGUACUUAUGUAUAAGCAAAUUGGGCAAUAGAUUAUUUCAGAAAUGGCUGACUACUUAGUAGGAAAUAUGUACCUUUUUUUUUUUUUUUAAAGCUAGAUAUGGAAUGGUUCUGAUCAGAAUACAUACCUCCCAACAGGACAGGAUUUAGUGUGACAGUGCCAAUGUGGGACACUUAUCUCACUGACCUGGGAUUGUUCUCAGGUGCCCAGUAUCCCUUGAGAAAGCAAGAAAAUGAGUGUGCUCCGCAUUUAGGACGUUCAAACUAUUCAAGAGCGCUAAAGCAGAACUAUGUGCAUCGAUUGCCUAGAGUAGGCAUGGCCAGUGUGGCUGAUGGUCAGUGCCAAUGUGUCUAAACAUAUCAGGUCACUUCUGGUACUCACCACUCCCUGUUUUGCAACCAUUUCUCUUUGUCUUAGAAGGAAAGGGAUAAUAACCUAUAAUUGUCAUUUUGAGUCUUAAAUUAAAAAGAUUAUUCAUUAAAGUGGAUAUUGCCAGCAAAGUGAAUACCAAAAGUUACACCAAAGUAGCCAAAUUAGAAAACUCUCCAAUUCAGUUCUGUUUUUAGUUAAACUACUGUUGCCUUUACUUUGAAUUCAUGGCAAUUCUUACUUGAUUGAAUAACCCUAUUUAAUGAGGAAUGAUGGGAAUUCAAAGUGAAUUUCAAUGGUAAGGGCAAAAUAGUCGAACUGAACACAGAAUUAACUUUGAGAAUUUUGCUGAAUCGGAUAUUUUUGCCUAGAUUUUUAAAUCCAAUUUGAAUUUCUGACAAUUCACAAUUUUGUGAAUAAACCUGCUAUUUGGAAAUUCCCUUUGAAUAUGAGUAUAAUGAAUCACCCCAAGUGAGUGAUACCUGUGGUUACAAUGUUUUUCUGGAAUUUUUGGCUUCUAACUGUACUUUCUUCUGGGCUAGGCAAACUUUUUAGUAUGCUGGUUCAUAUUAUUAAAGGUUAUCCCUCCAUUAGCUUUGCCUUUACAUGAUAUAAAGUAAUUUAUAUAUAAUUAGUGAUUUUAGCUUCGAUGCCAGGAUAAUGUUAACAUUAUAUUCUUAUUCAGUCCAAUACCAAGGUCAAAUAGGACCUACACACACUGCAAGUUGAAUACAAAAAGAAAGCAGUUCACAUUCUUGUUACUGUUCAUUCAUGUAAGGGAUCACUGUCUUUAGCCUGUUAUUUACCAUUUGAUCAAUACCUUCAGGAGUAGCAAUCCAUGAAGGACACUUAAUUGAGGACAUAUAUUCAUGGCGGGCUUCUAAAGAUGACAUUAUCGGACAACCUGAAUGCAGCUGCUCUGACUGAUCACUAUAGUAUGGGAGGUAAAUAUUUGAGGCUGAGAUUCAAAUCUUCCCCUUGACAUUGAGACCCUUUGUGAAUGAUCAGCAUCUGGGCACGUUCUUUUGCAGCUCAAGGGCUGUUCGUUAGACAGAGAGACAGGAGUCCUGUUUCCAUACAGAAUGAGACAGUGCGAUUCUCCAGGUGGUUUACGAACACCGAAUACCUGUCUUAUUUUGAUUGUGUCACCCUGCAUUGGGAGGGGCAAUUCUUGGAUGUUCUAUCCAUCAUUGUGCCUCGUUAAAAUAUAAAGUAUAUAUUUAUUGUAAAUCCUGUCAGUCUCAGGAAAUGGAAAAAAAUAUAUGUAUUUUGCUAAAUGGCAAAGUUUGCAGCUAAUUCUCUUUGAAAUUUGGCAAAGAUUCAAAUUCAAUACUAACUUCAAAAAGACUGAAGAGGAAUUCAUUCUGGAACAAUGUGCUAGAAGUAGAGUAAUGAUCUGGAACAUUCCACUGAUGUCCACUGUGACUGCACCAUAACUAAAUAUAUAGAUAAUGCCACAUACGCAUUAACAUUUUCCCUCCCAACAAUGUGCAUACACCUACUAAUGUUUGUUUAGUUAGGAAAACAAUAUAAAAUUACUUUUAAUCCAUGAAGUCCACUUACUUAUGUUUGCCCUAAAAUACAUCUAUUUGCCAAGGCUCCAUUCUCUGACUGCUCAUCUCUACAGAAGGAUCAAAGAUCAUGCUUGUCCAUUCCUUAAAAACUGUACAGAAACCUUUGCUGAUCAAACUUCACGAUUGCACUCCAACUGAGCACACUACAUUGACUUCCGGUAAACUACAAAUGUACGGUGUAGCGGUACAUACUGUAUAUGGGGCUAAUGGUAGAAAAGUUAUUUAUCUAUAACUAGGACAAGUGACAAAUAGUCCUAUACGUAUAUGUGUCAGUUUGUUUACAACAUAUGUCCAGCAUUUCAAAGGGGGAGCACCUUUAUAAUAGGAGAGGUGACUGCAAGUGUGAGCAGGCUGCCUGAUAACCAUUUAUGUGAUUGGUAUAUUAUUAUUACCUUUCUUCCUGAGAAGCCCCGUUAUACACGUAUACACGUCAUUUGGGGCUCCUAGAAACUGCUUACAUCAUGAUGGAAGAUAUUUGUGAACAUUCUGCCCACUCUAAGGGUCUCUGGUGAGGAGAGGCGAGAGUCAGCCGAGCUCCAGUUUCUAAAUAUAUCAUGGCAAGCUGUCCUGUGCCUACCAAAUUAUGACUCUUGUCUUUGUGAAGCUGUUACAUGUUCUGCUCUCUUUGCUGGAAAUUUCUUUGUAGAAGUAAUUUCAUGCACAAGUGCAACUGGCAGUAACCCUUCAAAUUCCACCUCUCUGCAAAGCCUUUUUAUUAUCCUUUAUUCACACUGCCUGCAUUCGCUAUAGGCAAGUUCCCUAAUACACAGACAUCAGGACACAUACCUCUUCCUAGUAAUGCGCAGGGAUGUAUACCCUUUUCUUAUUAAUACACAGACAUGCUUGCUAAUCACCUCCUAAUGAACAGACAAUGGAAUACAUUUUGCUCAUCUCCUAAUACAAAUAUUUUAUGGACCCAUGUCUAAUCUCAACCAUAGCCUUAUAAAUGUCUACCUACACACAUGCCUUUUUCAGUGUAUAUCUGUUGUAUAAUACCAGCGAGAAAUGAUUAUAUAAUCUGUUUCUACAGCAAAUACUGCUGUUAUAUCUGAUUAUAAUUAAAGUUCACAAUUGACUGACAGCCGAAUGCACUGAACAUCAGAAGUGUAUACGCCUUAUUUAUAAACCGUGAUAUUCCUGGAAUAAAGAGAACAGAUCUAGUUCUAAAAUUGCCUUUUUGGGGUCCUUUACCCUAGAGCUUCCAUAAUGACUGGUGUAAUUUUGAUAAUUAUUAUACCCAGUUGAAACAUUAAACAUCCUCUUUUUUAUUCUUUUUAUAUAGGAAUACGUUAAGGCUGGCUGAGCUUCAUUGGACACCUAGCUCAGAAACGCCAGAGGUACCAAGGUUAUCCAUCUCCUAUAUAUAGUUUUUUGGUCCUACAUGAACAAUAGCAUCCAUGUGGCGCCAAGUGUAAUAUAGCUUAUAAAUCAAUUAUUAGUCCCCAGUUACUUCCAGCCAUCUCCAGGCAUUGUACUGAUUAUCGCAGCUGACAUCCUUCAAGACCUGGGAACCUUUAAGAGAAGCAAGAUCUUUAUAUGAUUAGAACUGUCCUUAUCUUAGCCUAGGGGGUCUGUCUCCUCCAGAUAAAGCUCGGAAUUCAAAGGCGCCCUUUAUAUAUAUAUAGACCCAGUGCAAUCUUAAUUGUUAUACCUGCAGAAAUAUAUUUUGCUUGCCCACUUUAAAAUGGAGGGAUGUUGCCUGUCUCCUGUCCCUUCAGAGGUGGCACGCACAAUACUAUAGGAGGUAUAAAGACUUAAAAUAACAUGCAAUUUACAUAUAAAUAGUAAUUUCAGAAAGCCAACCGUAUACCGUGCAUAUUAUUUUAUAAUAAGCCGUUUUUAACUAAUAGGGUGCUGGGAUUAUCACAUUAGAGGCAAUGCUGGAUUUGGCACUUCAACCCAUUAAUUACUGCUUCCCUUUCAUGGAACUAUUUAUUUAUUUAAAAGCAUGUCUCACAGAAAACUUACAUGGCUAUUCACUAAAGUGAGAAUUGCUGGGAAUUCAAUGUGAAUUUCACAAUUUAGGCCAAAAUCAGCUAAAUAUAAAAAUGAUCUAAGCAAAUUUUGUUUUUAGUUUGGCUAUUUUGGCCUUGAAUUUUAAAUUCACUUUGAAUUCACAGCAAUUCUCACUUUAGUGAAUAACCUUGUUAGAUUUUAAGGUGUGGCAAAACAGAGUCCGUGGAUGGUUGGUUUUGGUCCUUGGUACUUUUGGAUCAAACAAAUUUACAAAUCUAUGUUUAACACAGUGGUCCAUUGCGGAGGGUGCCUCCAGAAUGUAGGCUGACAUUGGCAUCAUACCUGCCUGUGCUCAUUUGCAUGCCAUAUGCUAAACAGCAUAUAUAUAUAUAUAUAUAUAUAUAUAUUAUUAUUAUUAUUAUUAUUAUUUUCCCUCACCCCGCCUGGGUGGUUUAUAUGUUCCUCGUUCUUGGAUCUUCUACCAUUCUACUAAAGGCCUAAGAGUCUAAGGGUUCUGUGCAGUAUGAUCUCAAGUGCCCCACCUAGAAUCUGUUGAAGCCACAGCCCCAAGUGCUCAUAUCAGAACUGGGACUGUUACUACCCUCACUUUCCACAUCCUUUAUAGCUCUUCUUUCAGUCCUUGGUUCCUGGACACAAAGUUAAAUAUAUAUUGUGGCGAAACCGACCUCGCCACUGGGCAUUGGAGAAGACUGAUUGCCCGCCUCCUGCCAUGUGACUAUGGCCCUGGGAUGUAUUGCCCUUUAAAGACAUGAUUUUGGCAUAAUGGAUUUGUGUUGUGCUGCUGCUGGCCCUUUAAGAACCAUCUGGGGACAUACCGUGGAGUUACUGGGUGGCCACCAUUUCAUGUAUCAGAGGCACAUAGUGAGAACAAUGGAUGAAGCACAUGGUGAGAACAAUGGAUGGCGGCCAUUUUAACUCACAGACACUGUGUGGACUUUUCUACACGGUGCCAUCUCGCCGGUAUUUGGUGCACAGAGACAUUGUGCAGUGGUUUUGGACUAUAGAACAGGGGACACAUUAUACAGUAAUUGUUUUUCAUAUAGCCUGUAUAUGUUCUGUGGAAUCUGCAUUAAACUGUAUCUUCCAAACUACUGAACGGAUCUGGGUGAAUUUUGGAUAUGUGGUUCACCCAGAUCCCCCGGUUCGAGGGGUUAUUGCAUGUUUUGGGGUCCCUGUGAUGUGUUUUAUAAUACUAUAUUUCUCUGUCUGUGAUAAUUAUAUUAACCAUUGUGUUCAGUAAUCAUAUCACAGGCAGAGGGGAGGAUUUUGUGUGGGAGUGUCUGUGUGUAUUGUACGGAUUGAUUGGUUGUAUUUCAAAACCCCGUGGGCAGUACUAUGUUUGUGGAUUGUGAAUAAAAUAGGCUGUACAUGCCAGUACAGUCAGUUCUACUUCACCCUCAAUCUGAGUCCUGUCUCUUAUUGGGGGAAUCUGCUACAAGGGAUUGAUAUGCUCUGCAUAUUCCCUUGCUAUAAUCACGGAGCUCUUGUAAGAGCUUGUUCCUGCUUCACUCUCUUGGAGGAGAGGUUCACCCACUGGAACCUGGAGCCUUGUCGUAGGUCCAGGGUGGGAAGGAGACGGCAAGACCCCAACCAAGCUGCAGCGGUUCGUGGGGUCUACGGUGGUUGUGGUGUCUGCUGCAGUGCUUGGAGUCCUCAGGAAGCGCUAGGAGCAUCCUUCAACGGAGGUACCCAGUCGGGGUGCCAGGUGAUCCGUUACAUAUAUUUUAUAUAUAUAAAAAUGCUGUUUAGCAUAUGGCAUGCAAAUGAGCACAGGCAGGUAUCAAAUCGAACGUCAGAGAUAUCAAAACAGACAACAGUAUUUAAAAAGAAAGUGUGUGUGUGUAUAUGUAUAUAUAUAUAUAUAUAUAUAUAUAUAUAUAUAUACAUACACAAACAUAUAUAUACACACACACACACACACACACACACACAUACACACACACACACACAUUUUUUUUUUUAAAUACUGUUGUCUGUUUGGAUAUCUCAUGUUGGACCUUGGAACAGUAUUCCUUAGGCAAGUAAUUGCAAGAGUGCCACUUUAACAAAUACAGUAGAUCUGGUUACAGGCUUUGGAGCACAGAGACAGCCUUUCCAAUUUCAUCCAGCACCACCCAAGUAGUAGUCCCAAGGAUCUUUCAGAGAGGGGGUACUCCUGCAGAUGUUCCACCACAAUUAUCAGCCAGAAACUUGAUAAAGUGGGGAACAGUAAUGUACACUUUAUUUUAACUCACACAGAGGUUUUUAUCAAUUUCUUUGUCUGUACACUGAAUACAAGUCAACCAAGAGCAGUAUGAAUUUGUGAUGGCAACCAAUCACACUACAAAGCUUAAUUACAGUACAACCAGUGUAAAUAGAUCACUGUGUGCUUACAAGGAAGGGUGGGGACAGACAAUAGCAAGUACUAUAGACCUCGUGGGAGUCUUAAGGGAGUGGCAUGGCAUGCUGUUUGAACUAGUUUGGAAGUGUCCCUGGAACAAUAGGACAAUGCCCUGCUGGAAAAAGAAGACAGGGAAGGGGGAGGGGGAAAAGGCACAUUCAAUUGAGCAUUUAAUAAUACAUUUAACUUAAUUCUAACUACACAAUAUAGGAAAUGUCCACUGUGACGGACUGCCUGGCACUCUGACCGGGUACCUCCGUCAAUCGCUGCUUCCUAGUACUUGCGAGCACCAUAAGCACUGUACUGGAACACCAUAACCACCGUAAACCCCAUGAACCGCCACAGCUUGGUUCUCGCUGUCCUUCACCCACCCUGGACCCAAGACCAGGAUCCAGCUUCCAGUGGGUACACCUCUCCUAGUACAGAGAGCGUAGCAGUAACAGCUCUUAUACUCAGGGGAGAAUUGUGAUAUAGCAAUCGCCAAAGUGAAUGUAGUUCUCCAAUCCCCCAAACAUGAGCCAAGACUUCAUGAAGGGCUAAACAAAUUUCUCUUUAAUGGGAGCCACACUGGCCUUUUAUGACAAUCCCCCUGCAAGGGGUACACCCACAUGGACCUUGUUGGGGACAGGGACACAAACUUACAAACCAAUAAUAACACAUUUACAAUGUAAGGCACUCCCACACAUAGCACACAAUCCCUCCCCUCUGCUUGGGAGAUAAUUGGAUCAGUAACUGUACUAAUUCUAAUCCAAUUAUCUCCAAGUACAGAAAAAACAUACUUUUUAAAAACACCCCAAUAGCACUGAAGUAAUCUGGGUGCCAGGUUCCCCUAAUUUUAACCCUGCAGCUGAAAACAUAGGUUUACACUGCAGGGUUAAUCCAGCCUCUAGUGGCUGUCUCCCGGACCGUACUUAUCGCACUUAUUUGACGCUGGACUUCUUCACGAAGUCCAGUGUCAAAUAAGAUCCCCAUAGGAAAGCAUUGAGUAAUGCUUUCCUAUGGGCAGGUUUGAAUGUGCUCGCGCCUCUGGCCGCGCAUGUGCAUUCGGCUCCACUUGGGAGCUAGCGCCGGCGGGGGUGGAGAGGUCACUAGCACCGAGGGAGCCCUGUGCAGGAUUAAGGUAAGUGACUGAAGGGGUUUUAACCCCUUCAGUGCAGAGGGAGUGGGGCACUCAAAGAGCCUGUAGUGCCAGGAAAAUUGAUUUGUUUUCCUGGCACUAUAGGAUCCCUUUAAGCCACGCUAUACAACACUAAGCAUUAAUCUCUACACUUCUUAACAUUCACAUUAAAACUAAGCGUAACCUAAACAUAUCGUGUAAUCUAAACAAUACUUAAUGAUGAAGUAUGUAUUGGAGGUAAGUAAUUCCAUCUAUGGGUUCCGCAGACAUUUAUAAACCACGCAACCUUCUGUCUCCAGAAAUUCUCAAUGGCACUAUAUUCCCAAAUAUAUCAGUAUAUAAAAUGGAAAAUGAAAUACAUCUGAGGGGAUUAUCCACAAACCAAUCAUAAUGAUUUCAAAACUGGUUUGCAAGCCAAGCUGUCUAUAGAUGAGAAGGGGAACUUUAGCUAGUAAAGCGAAGUAUCUUCGCUAUUUUAGCUUAAAUUUCGCAGUAUAGUUUUCAAUUCAAUAUAAUUCAGUGUUUAGUGAAUAAACCCCACUGCAGUAAAAUGAAAACUGAUUUGCUAAUGUUUAUGCCAAAAUAUAUACAGACACACAAAGGCAUAUAUGCACAGAUUAUAUAUAUAUGAUAUUAUAUGAUCUACCAGUUAUUUUAAUUAGAAAAUCAGGUUUCAAGACCCUAUUGUAUAAUGUGACAUCAUACUGUGCAUUAAAUACCAUAAUUCAAAGUGUAAAGUGACAAAUGAAUCACAGAUUUCUCACGUUUUAUGUCCUUAGCUGUCUGAGAUACCAGAAUUACUGAAAGGCUAAAAACCCUAUGAGGGUUAUUUACUAAAGUGAGAAUCCAAAGGGAAUUAAAUAUAAGGCCAGAGGAGCUGAACGGGAAGCGCAGCUGACUUAACCCCUUAGUGACCAUGGACGUAUCAGGUACGUCAGACAAAAAAAAAGUCCCUUAAGGACCGUGGACGUACCAGAUACGUCCGCUGCGAAUUAGAAAGCUGGAAGGUAUUGCAAUAAUUAAGGAAUAAUACAUUUUUUUAACCCAUAGCCCUCCCUCCCCAUGUACUUACCGAUCGGUCUUCUUCUUAGGGGGGACUAAGAAUAUAAAUUGAAAAUAAAAAUAACAUUUAUAAUAAAUAAAAACGUUAACUUUGGCCAGCGUUUGUGACUAAGUGGCCACUACAAAAGACUGGAAAUACCCCAUUUGGAAUACCCUGGGUUGUCUACGUUUGAAAAUGGUAUGCCAUGAUGGGGUUAUUUCACAUUCCUGGGCUACCACGUGGUCUCAAAAGGCAACACAGACCAAGCAAACCAAUCUGGCAAACUGAAUUGGGCAAGCCCUAUACUGACCCUGUACCUUUUCAAAACACCAUAAAACCUGUACAUAGGGGGUAUUGUUAUAUUCGGGAGACUUCGCUGAACACAAAUAUGAGUGUUUAAAACAGUAAAACUUAUCACGACGUUGAAAUCACCUAAGGGUGCAGUUUUUGUGUAAAAAAAAAAAAAAAAUGCAAAGAACGCUAAUUUUGGCAAGACUGGACAUACCCCAUUUUGAAUACUGUGGGUUGUCUACUUUUGCAAAUGAUAUGCCAUGAUGGGGUUAAUUUUCAUUCCUGGGCUGCUAUAUGGUCUCAAAGGCAACAUAGGCCCAGGAAACCAAUCUGGCAAAUUUCAAUGGGCAAACAUGGAAAAGCCCUACAUUUGCAAAAACCCAUAAAACCUGUACAUUGGGGGCACUGUUGUUCUCGGGAGAUGUUGCUGAACAGAUAUUGGGGCUGUUCCUUGUCAGUAACACAUAACAGGACUGAGAAUCCAUGCCUAAAGUACAAUGUGAGAGAAAAAUAACACAAAGAAAUGACUACCCAAAAGUUUGAAAAAGACUGGUGGUAGAAUUAGUGCAUGGAAAGUGUUAAAAUACCACCCUUUGAAAUACCUUAGGGCAGGGAUAGGCAACCUUUCAGUAGUACUGUGCCAAAAUAAGAUUUUGAAGUCUCUCGGCGUGCCGAUCCUCUCUUUUAAAAUUGACGUGUGUAAUAUGUUGCCAUAUUUUCCUUGUAUUAUCCAUGGGUGUGAGCAGUUAUAUUGUAAAGUAUUCGUUCAUGAGUAGUUUGUAGUAUUGUAUAUGAUCCCUUUAAAAGUGGGCUGUGUAUGGGGGUUGCUUGUGUAAUAUGUCACAAUGUGUGUAUGUGUGGGGCUGCUUAGGGUACUGUAUGUGACAGGCUGCUUGUGGGGCUGUGUGCACGUAUGUGGAUUGUCAGUGAUGUUGUGGGGAUGUGUUUGAGUGUGGGGGCUUUUUGUAUUAUUUGCAUGAGGGGGAGACAUUCUGAAGCUCAGUGUAUAUCUAGCAGUGUGGGUGGUUUCCCUGCGGGCCAGUGGGGGCCAGGCUGACUAGGUACAGGUCAAGGGCAGGAGCUGCAGUAGUUUCUGUGGGCUGCUCUAAUCCAGUGCAGAUUUCCAUUCAAAAGUACUGGGAUAAAGUGAUCUGGGGUUACUUCCUAUAAGUGCUGAAAUGCGUAGAUUGAGGAUUGCCCCUAACCACUCAGUUUGUACUAAGGACUCUUGAUGGGCCAGAGCCGGUUUAGCUUUCGCAGCCUUGAGUGUCGUUUAAAAGCACCUACAGUGCCGUGCAUGGCACACGUGCCGUAGGUUGCCUUAGGGCAUCUACUUUUUAAAAAUAUAUGUUUAACCCCUUAAGGACUGAGCCAAAUGUACACGUUGUGAACGAAACAAAAUGUAAACAAAACCUGGCAUUUGCGCUACAUGUCUGUCCAACUGUAAUUCACCUCUUUCAUAUUAAAUGCACCCACCCUUAUUAUAUAUCAUUUUAUUCAGGGGAAACAGGGCUUUCAUUUAAUAUCAAAUAUUUAGCUAUGAAACAUAAUUUAAUAUGAAAAAUAUGAGAAAAUAAGAUUUUUUUUUAGAUUGUUUUAGUUCUACAUGACAUUUUAACUGUCAAUGUCUUAAUACUGUUUGCUUUUACUGCAAUAAAAUACACAUAUUUGUAUUCAGCAAAGUCUCACGUGUAAAACAGUACCCCCUAUGUACAGGUUUUAUGGCGUUUUGGGAAGUUACAGGGUCAAAUAUAGCACGUUACAUUUGAAAUUGAAAUUCGCCAGAUUGGUUACGUUGCCUUUGGGACUUUAUAUUAGCCCAGGAAUUAAAUUUACACCCAUAAUGGCAUACCAUUUGCAAUAGUAGACAACCCAAGGUAUUGCAAAUGGGGUAUGCCCAUUCUUUUUUAGUAGCCAUUUGGUCACAAACACUGGCCAAAGUUAGCGUUAGUAUUUGUUUGUGUGAAAAAUGCAAAAAACGCCAAUUUUGGCCAGUGUUUGUGACUAAGUGGCUACUAAAAAAGACUGGACGUACCCCGUUUGCAAUACCUUGGGUUGUCUACUAUUGCAAAUGGUAUGCCAUCAUAGGGGUAAUUUUCAUUCUUGGGCUACCAUAGGGUCUCAAAGGCACCGUAACCAAUCUGGCGCAUUUUAAUGUGAAAAAAAUGAAACGCAAGCCUUAUAUUUGACGCUGUAACUUUUGAAAACACCAUAAAACCUGUACAUGAGGGGUACUGUUGUACUCGGGAGACUUCGCUGAACACACAUCCAUGUAAGUGCUGUUUGUGCAUAAAAAAUGAAAAAAAGUCACUUUUACUGGCGAUAUCAUCGUUGUAAUACAUUUUACUGUUUUGAAACACUAAUAUUUGUGUUUAGCGAAGUCUCCUGAGUAGAACAGUACCCCCCAUGUACAGGUUUUAUGGUGUCUUGGAAAGUUAUAGGGUUAAAUAUAAUGCUAGCAAAUUAAAUUCCCUUUACUUUCGGCAUGGGUUGUCAGGCAGGUCCCGCUAAUUGUAAUUAAUUAAUUAAGAUACCCAAUUAUGUAAAAAUAUUACAUAAAUAUAUAUGUAGAAUUAAUAUAUGUGAAAAUAUAUAUAUAUAUAUAUAUAUAUAUAUAUAUAUAUAUAUAUAUAUAUAUAUAUAUAUAUAUAUACAUACACACACGUAUGUGAAUCUAUAUAUGUAUAUAUAUCUAUAUCAUUUUUUUAAAAUAUUUUUAUUUAUAUAUGGGUAUAUAUAUAUAUAUAUAUAGUGAUAUAUACGUAUAUAUUUAUGUAGAUAUAUAUAUAUAUAUAUUAAUAUCACAAUACAGUUACAACGAAAUAACACAUCUAUAUAUUUAAUAAUUUUUUAAAAUUAUUUUUUUAAUUUUAUUUUUUAACAUAUUUACAUAUUUAAUUUUUUUAUAUUAUAUAUAAAUAUAUAUAACAAUAAUUAUAUAUAUAUUUAAUCAGUAUCAGUCUACGUGUAAUUUGAUUAUAUAUAUAUAUAUAUAUAUAUAUAUAUAUAUAUAGAUAGUAAAAUACAAAAAAAAGUGAAGGAUAUGAUCACCUCGUAAAGAAAACGGGCUGGUCACCUUCAGGCGACCCCAAAUGGACGUCUCAAAAAAAUAAUAAACAACUUUAAUUAGAAAACUAGAGAACAAAGUUCUAAAAAUAAAUGGAUACAGAGGGCCUGGUAUCUACAGAAAUAUAACUACGCUCACAUGUAUCAAUCUCUACACAGUGUGGCAAAGUCACUCAUAACAGAGUAGUAGUUAAGAUACAUGUAGCAAUAUGUAGUAAAUGGUGUCAUACACUAGACCCCACAGGGUUAACACUCUAGUAUAGAAAUCGAAAGGAUAGAGGAGGUAAUAAAGUGAGAAUGAAAAAUAAAGUAAGAAUAACCUAUCAAAGAUAAUACAGCAGUAUUUGAAGGUUAUAUCUAGCCACAAAUAACUCACUAAGCCCCAUCACCUUAGGACAAGUGUCCAGAGCAACAAAAUAGCUCGAACAUUGGUGUAACACCCUGUAAUCAAUGUAAUUAAAACAUGGACAGCCCAACGCACGUUUCGGCGGUCUAACCGCCUUUUUCAAGGGCAAACAAAAAAUAAUAAGGUAAACCGCCUAACCCUGUGGGGUCUAGUGUAUGACACCAUUUACUACAUAUAUAUAUAUAUAUAUAUAUACAUACACAUACAUAUACACACACACACUUAGAUCAUAUAUAUAUAUAUAUACAUACACUGGAUUAAACAAUUGGACACCCUACAACCUAAGGAUCUUAACGAAUAUAUUUCAUUCUCUUCAUUUUUGGAAACUCGGUAGUUUAUCAUUUUGAUUAUGUCUAUUUGUUUGAAACCUGAUCGGAUCCAGACCUUUUUAUUUUUAUUCACAUUAUUUGUUAUAGCCAGUAGGGCUAAUUUCUAAUCCUAAUAUUUGAAUAUAGACAUAUCUACAGAUUUAUUGAUGGAGAUAUAUAUAUAUCUUCAUCGACCAGACCCUGGUGGUUUCUUUGUUUGUUUUUUCUUUUCAGUCUUGGUCUUUUUUAAGAUACAUUUUUGUUGUGGUAUAGACAUCUAUCUAUUGGAGAGGGUCUAUCAUAUAUAUUACCAUUAUUAUGGUUUUAUUUUCAUAUCCAUGUGAGAGAGUCUAUCAUUUAUAUUACCAUUAUCAUGGUUUUACCUUUAUAUCCAUGUGAGAUGGGUAAAUAUUAAUUAGUUUAUUAUCUGGAUAUUUCUCAUAUGAUUGUUAGUUUUUUGUUUAUUCGGGACUUUACUCAUGUAUGUUAAUCAGGGGGUACAUACAUUUACAUUUUUUCACUGUCACGUUUUAUGAGUUUUUACACGGUUACACGUGUGCACUUAUUUUUUAUUUUCAUUUGCACAUUUAUUAUUUUUAUCUUUACACUCAUUUUUAUAUUUAUAUUUAUUUUUAUAUCUAUAUUUAUUAUUAUUUUUAUUUUUAUAUUUAUUUUUACUUUUAUUUUAUUUAUUUUAUAUUUAUUUUUACUUAUAUUCAUUAUUUUUAUUUAUCUUUUUUUAUGUUUAUUUUUCAUAUUUUCUUUUACAUAUAUUUCACACUUUUUCACAUGUAUUUUCAUACACUCAUGUCUACACACAUACAUUUUCAUGUAUUUUUUUCAUUUUUUUCUUAUUUACACUCUUCUUUACCUAUUCAUUUUUUACACAUAUUACAUUAUUCAGUUGCACACAAUUUAUACCCAUACUGAUUUUCUUAUACAUGCUUUGGAUGUAUUAGAACUGAUCCCAGUUCAGAUAUGACCUUUUCCUAUUUGAUUUUUGUCUUCUUUGUUUAUUAAUUUCUCUAAAUGUUUUUAGUACAUGUUGUUCCUCCUUGAAAGGUAUGCUGCACUGGGACACGGUGGGGUUACUAUGGUUACGAUCUAUACCACUCGCAAUAACGUCACUACGCAAGGGGGCACGCUAUUACGCAUGCACGUCACUACACACGCACGUUUGAACGUCACUAUGUACGCGUUCAGGUCUCUAUGCAUGCAUCCCGUCCGUUUUUUUCACUUACCAAUGACGGGGAAUCAUUUCACACAGGUGGGGUAAGUUCAUUAAUUAAUAUGGUGUAUAUAUUUGUAUUUCAUGUGCACUAUCACUAUCUUGAUAAAGACCAUGAAGGGUCGAAACGUUGAUGUAGAUUUGUGUUAAGAUUGUCAAUACACGUUUGAAAAAUCCAAGUGAGUGCUCCUGUUUUUACCUUCAUAUUUACUGGCCUGGAGGCACCCUGGUAACAUUACUAUUUUUGUUCUUUGGGGUUGAGUGCCAGAGUCUGGACUGCUAUAUAUAUAUAUAUAUAUAUUAAUAGUAAAAUACACCUAGACAGUGUAUGUGCGUGUGUAUAUAUAUAUAUAUAAUCUAAGUAUAUAUAUAUUUUUUUUUUACACUUUUUAAUUUAUUUUAAUUUUAUUUCCAGCCAGCAGGGGGACCACCUGUCAUUACAGGCAGCCCCCCUGCUGGCAAUACAGAAGCCAGCUAUCCCCGCCAUGUGAUUGUGGGGUCCUCGCAAGGAACUCACUCUCACAUGGCCGGGGGGCACCGGAGGAGGAGGAUCUACCGCGGGGGGGCUCCCUGGGACCGGGUAAGUAAGAAAAGACCGGAGGGCGUACAAUUACGCCAGGCGGCGUUUAGAGCCGCCUAAAAUAGGGUGUAAUUGUACGCCCUCCGGUCUUAAGGGGUUAAUGGGGGUAAAUUACAUUGGCCGGCUUCCAAAUAGGACAUGGGUGCAUGAUGACCAGCUGAGAAAAUUCCUGUUUGGAAAACUGGAAUGCGCACCCUCCAAAUAAGGUCUUUUAAUAUUUGGAAAUAGCAAAGUGCGACUAGUGCUGGGUUUAAGAUAAUGUUAGAAGUGGUUAUAGUAGCGGGGAUGUUUCAGGUCUGGGAAGGGCUAAGAUUACAUAGGGUGAUUAGUGUUUAGUGAAGAUUAAAAGCGUGGGUGUGGUUAAAGUUGUAGUGAGGGGGCUGUUUAGGAUUAUUGACAGGGUUAUUCACUAAAAUGAGAAUUCCAAGUGAAUUUAAAAUUUCAGGCCAAAGUAGCUGAAAUUGAAGCAUUACUGACUAAAUGUUUCCAAUUUAGCUAUUUUGGCUUUAAAUAUUAAAUUCCACUUUGCAUUCUUACUUAAGUGAAUAACCAUGUGGGUUUAGGACUAGAGUUUGGGUAAAUGUAGUAUUAGGAUACACAAAGUCUUUAAAUUCUAAGAGGAGUAAAAUAUAGUAUGAUGGUAAAGGGUUCAUUUCAGGUUUAGGCUUUGAAUGCAGGAAUUUGAAGAGUAAUUUACAAAGUACUCACCCAAUAAGUUUUUUUUUGUAGUCCAGUCAGUCUCCUAUGACUGAUGAUAUAGUUGCAGGAGUGGUUACACAGUGUGUAUCACUCAGUGCUGACCCUGCUCUUCCUGCAAUGCAUUUCCUGUGUGAGAGGCUGUCAGUGAGCAGAUGGGAAGCAAUCCCUUCCUUUUCCUGUCCAGCCUCACACUCAGACACUGGAGGAGCUGGGACAGCACUGAGUUUUACACACUCUAUAACUGUUCCUGUAACUCUGCUAUCAUGCAUUGGAGGCUGAUUGGACUGCAGAGGAUACUGGCCAAGGCGCCUGGUACUUCUCUCCCCACCAGCUUCUUGAAACUUAAAAACUUGCAUUAUCAGUGCGCAAAACAGGCGUACCCUAGUGGACAGAUAUUUGUAUAGGCAGGUGCCUACUCUAAGUAAUGGGAAAUCUGGCCAUAAACACCAGUCUUUUCAUUGGAUCCCUGCUAUAAUAACACUGGACAAGAUUGCUCCACAAAUCUAUUUUUUCCCUUUCCUUUGUAUUUGAACCCCUGCUGCUUGGUUUUGUAAUCAAAUUCUUUAUUGCUUUGUUUUUCCAUGCAAAAAGAAAUGUAUUAUGUACUGUUUUCUUGACAAAACAAGUUUUAUUAAAAAAAACUGGUUAUCUUUUUAACAUUUGCAACAGGCAGAGAAUUAGAGGAAAUAGCAUGGUAAGGAGGAAGGUUGUAACAGAAAGAAAAUAAUUAAAGGAACACUAUAGGCACCAAGACUACGUCAGCUUCUUAUCCUGGCAUAGAGCUGAACACAAGUCUCUACUGCUUCUGUCGCUUGUCAGAGUUUGGGGGAAACCUCUGCAAGUUUUAUGCACUGUGCCCCAUGAUAGAGUUUUAAAAAACAAAAUACAUUUUUUUAAAUAAAUAAAUACCGGUAUAAUAAUUAUCAACCCAUAGCUUAUAACCCUUAUUUAUCAAGACAAGGACCAGAUCCCACACAUUUGUGCCCACAGAAUCAGGGUAUCAUGGUGGAUCAAGAUGGCUUUUCUUCCCUUGAUAAAUCCAAAUGCUGAUUUAUAGUCAGCAGUAGAUUCAUAUAAUUUGUAGAAUUUGAUGCCAUAAUGUGAAGGCUUUAAUGGGAUGUAUUGUUUGAAAAGCAGUCUAACUUUAAAUUUCAUAAGGGAUUAUACAAUUGUUUUGGUCUGGGACAUAAUUUUGCAAAAUUUAUCAGGAGUUGGAUAAGAGGACAAAUUUUGGCGAGCCGGUCAAACAAUGAGUCGUUUCUAGGUGCGUUGUCAUUAAGAUUGAGGAAUUGAAGCAUUUGCUCAUAGCGAUCCCUGUUGUUAACCUCUUGGAAAAGAGGGGUAGCCAGGAUGAGGUACUUGUGCCAGUAGGACCUAUUGCUUAGAUUUUUCACAAUAUCUAUUACUAGGGUUGCCACAUGUUUUUCCUACUGUAAUGUGACCCCGGAUUCGCAGAUAGGUACUGAUGGGCAAACAAAUUUUGCUCAACCAUCAGCUUAAAUAUGUCAUCCGACAUAAAUAAGUUGAAAGAGUUCUCUGGCUCACAAGCAUCUACCAUUCUGAGGCCAGGUGUAGCCAUGAAUGAGGGUGUAUCUGGGGCAGUAAAUUUUGGGGGUACCCAGCUUUCCUGUGACAUUGUGGACUUACUUAGCGGCUCAAUGUCAGAGCCUACAUAGUAUCACCAUUUGUGAAAGUGCCACUAUCUGAGCCUGCCAGAGUGGCGUUUGCAUCCUCCGCCGUAUAAUAGCAUGCCAUCUUAGGGGGAUUACUGUAAUUAAUGUGCCUACCUGCCUAAAACAAACUGACAUACCCACCACCCCAAUUCUCAAUCCUACCCACAAAAGACCCAACACACAACCUAAACGUCAGUUCAAACAGGUGCGACCAGCACUGAAAGGGUUAUAUUUAUUUAUGUAUUUAUUUAUUAUAGCAAUAACAAACAAAAAUGUGACCUUGAUCAGAGAGCCUUCUGAUCACACUUAUCACUGAUACAGUACCGUACAGUAAAAAUACUAUAUGGUACAGUGAUCAGGCAGCAGGGAAGGGGUUAAAUAAAUUAAAAACUGCUGCAGCUGACAAAAAGGAUAUAUUUUUUUAAUUCUCAAAAAAUUGCUCGGCUGGAUACAAAUAGCAUACAGAGAUGUUUAACUGUAGGAGUCUUCUUCAGUUAGAGUUCUGGACAGUUCUGUUGGAUUUCUAACAUAUUGCUGAUUAUGUGAUGUUAGGCAUAUGCCUAAAACUACUGGUACAGAGCCCCUGAACUGUACAAGUUUGUUUUUCUAUAACCACAAAGAACUAGUUUACACCUAUGUCUUCCCAGGCAGCUCCAUUAAUAAGAUCCUUAAGACUUGGUGCUUGCAGGACUGGAUUUCCCAUUAAGCAAAGCAGCCUGACUUAUGAGGGAGGCUACUCUGCCUGUUAAAAGUCUUCUCUACCUUCUGCCUAGUGUUUUCUGUUUAAAAAAAGAGGCUGCUGGAUGCUGGGAACACUCGAUUCAGUCUGAGAGAGCCAGAUCUGUGAAUGGCCCCACCCCCUCAGACUGAAUACAGUGAUCUGUGCAUGGCCCCACCCCCUCAGACUGAAUACAGUGAUCUGUGCAUGGCCCCAGCCCCCUCAGACUGAAUACAGUGAUCUGUGCAUGGCCCCACCCCCUCAGACUGAAUACAGUGAUCUGUGCAUGGCCCCGCCCCCUCAGACUGAAUACAGUGAUCUGUGCAUGGCCCCGCCCACUCAGACUGAAUACAGUGAUCUGUGCAUGGCCCCGCCCCCUCAGACUGAAUACAGUGAUCUGUGCAUGGCCCCACCCACUCAGACUGAAUACAGUGAUCUGUGCAUGGCCCCAGCCCCUCAGACUGAAUACAGUGAUCUGUGCAUGGCCCAGCUCCUCAGACUGAAUACAGUGAUCUGUGCAUGGCCCCACCCCCUCAGACUGAAUACAGUGAUCUGUGCAUGGCCCCGCCCACUCAGACUGAAUACAGUGAUCUCUGCAUGGCCCCGCCCACUCAGACUGAAUACAGUGAUCUGUGCAUGGCCCAGCCCCAUCAAACUGAAUACAGUGAUCUGUGCAUGGCCCAGCCCCAUCAAACUGAAUACAGUGAUCUGUGCAUGGCCCCACCCCCUCAGACUGAAUACAGUGAUCUGUGCAUGGCCCCGCCCACUCAGACUGAAUACAGUGAUCUGUGCAUGGCCCCACCCCCUCAGACUGAAUACAGUGAUCUGUGCAUGGCCCCGCCCCCUCAGACUGAAUACAGUGAUCUGUGCAUGGCCCCGCCCCCUCAGACUGAACACAGUGAUCUGUGCAUGGCCCAGCCCAGGGGUCAAGUCCUGGGGAAAAAGGUGUGGGAACUCACCCAAGAUUCCCGCCUCCCCCCCACCCCCUUAAAAAAAAAAAUUUAAAAAAAAAAUUACACUCCUAUGCAUAUAGUGCAGUGCAGGGUGUGUAUAAUGAAGGUAGUGUGUUUGUAGUGAAUGCAGAGUAUGAAUAAUAAAUGUAGUGUGUUUGCAGUGAGUGCAGUGUGAAUAAUAAUUGUAGUGUAUUUGUAGUGAGUGCAGAGUGUGUAUAAUGAAUGCAGUGUGUUUUAGUGAGUGCAGAGUGUGUAUAAUGAAUGCAGUGUGUUUUUAGUGAGUGCGGAGUGUGUAUAAUGAAUGUAGUGUAUUUGUAGUGAGUGCAGUGUGUAUAACAAAUGUAGUGUAUUUGUAGUGAGUGCAGUGUGUAUAAUAAAUGUAGUGUGUUUGUAGUGAAUGUAGUGUUUUUGUAGUGAGUGCAGAGUGUGUAUAAUGAAUGCAGAGUGUGUAUAGUGAAUGUAGUGUGUUUGUAGUGAGUGCAGAGUGUGUAUAAUGAAUGUAGUGUGUUUGUAGUAAGUGCAAAUUGUGUAUAAUGAAUUUAGUGUGUUUGUAGUGAGUGCAGAGUGUGUACAAUGAAUGCAGUGUGUGUAGUGUGUUUGUAGUGAAUGCAGAGUGUGUCUAGUGAAUGUAGUGUGUAGUGAGUGCAGAAUGUGUAUAAUGAAUGCAGAGUGUGUAUAGUGAAUGCAGAGGGUGUAUAGUGAAUGUAGUGUGUUUGUAGUGAGUGAAGAGUGUGUAUAAUGAAUGCAGCGUGUGCUGGAUGAUGUGUGUGUGCGCGCUGGAUGACGUGUGUGUGCGCGCUGGAUGACGUGUGUGUGCGCGCUGGAUGAUGUGUGUGUGCGCGCUGGAUGACGUGUGUGUGAGUGCUGGAUGACGUGUGUGUGAGUGCUGGAUGAUGUGUGUGUGUGUGCUGAAUGAUGUGUGUGUGUGUGUGUGUGUGUGUGCUGAAUGAUGUGUGUGUGAGUGCUGGAUGAUGUUUGUGAGAGUGCUGGAUGAUGUGUGUGUGUGUGAGUGCUGGAUGAUGUGUGUGUGUGUGAGUGCUGGAUGAUGUGUGUGUGAGUGAGUGCUGGAUGAUGUGUGUGUGAGUGCUGGAUGAUGUGUGUUUGAGUGAGUGCUAGAUGAUGGGUGUGUGAGUGCUGGAUGAUGGGUGUGUGAGUGCAUGAUGGGUGUGUGAGUACUGGAUGAUGGGUGUGUGAGUACUGGAUGAUGGGUGUGUGAGUGCUGAAUGAUGUGUGUGCUGGAUGAUGGGUGUGUGAGUGCUGGAUGAUGGGUGUGUGAGUGCUGGAUGAUGGGUGUGUGUGUGCUGGAUGAUGGGUGUGUGAGUGCUGGAUGAUGGGUGUGUGUGUGCUGGAUGAUGGGUGUGUGAGUGCUGGAUGAUGGGAUGUGUGUGUGUGCUGGAUGAUGGGUGUGUGUGAGUGCUGGAUGAUGUGUGUGUGUGUGUGCUGGAUGAUGGGUGUGUGAGUGCUGGAUGAUGGGUGUGUGUGGGGGGGUAGCAUUUUUUUACUUUAUGUAUAAUUUGUAUUUAUCCCCCCUCCCUGCUUCUUACCUUGUCAGGGAGGGGGGAGAUCGCCUGGUGGUCCGGUGGUAUGCUGGAGGGAGCCAGCCGCUGCACAGAGGAGCCAUCACACGCUGUGUUCCCUCUCCAGCUCUAACUCUCGCGAGACUCGCCUGUGCGGAGCGUUGCCAUGGUAACAGCCGCGGGUCUCGCGAGAGUUAUAGCUGGAGAGGGAACACAGCGUGUGCUGGCCCCUCUGUGCAGGUAGCAGGGCCGGUCCUGCAGGAUCACUAGCGGGAACGGCGUUCCUGCUUUGGAAAAAGUGCAGGAACGCCGUUCCCAUGCGUUCCUGCAGGACUCGAGCCCUGGCCCAGCCCCAUCAAACUGAAUACAGUGAUUUGUGCAUGGCCCCACCCCCUCAGACUGAAUACAGUGAUCUGUGCAUGGCCCCACCCCCUCAGACUGAAUACAGUGAUCUGUGCAUGGCCCCACCCCCUCAGACUGAAUACAGUGAUCUGUGAAUGGCCCCGCCCCCAGACUGAAUACAGUAUCUGUGCAUGGCCCCGCCCCCAGACUGAAUACAGUAUCUGUGCAUGGCCCCAUCCCUUAGACUGAACAUAGUGAUCUCCAGGAAGGAGAUGGGAAAGGACUGGGGCAAGAAUGGCCAAUUCCGAAAUUAAAGUUACUCACCUCCUUCUAAAUUUGGCCCUGGGUUCUUCAAUUAAAGUCAUAGUUUUCCAGUCUGACAAAGGAACAGGAGAUUCUCUUAAUUUAAAUACCCUGGGUAACGCCAUGCCCGCUUAAAGGAAUACUAUAGGGUCAGGAACACCAACAUGUAUUUCUGACCCUGUAUGUUAAAGACACUAUUUUGCCCCCCUUAAUUAUAUAGUAAAAGUUCACCUUAUUUCCAGCUGGCUCUGCCCCCGAACCGCCUCUUUAGCUGACAUCAGAAUUCAUGUUCUCAGCCAAUCACAAUGUUUUGCCAUAGGACAGCAUUGGAUUGGCUGAACUCGGCCAAUGAGGUGGGGCGGAGAGCCAAACUCCACCAUGGCCAAUCAGCAUCUCCUUAUAAAGAUGCAUUGAAUCAAUGCAUCUCUAUGGGGAACGUUUAGCAGAGCAUUGAGAGAAUGAAUGUCAGAGUUGCACACUGUGCAGCACUGCCCAAGGAAGCAUCUGUAGUGGACACUAGAGGUGUCUCUAGGGUCUAAUGUAAACACUGCUUUUUCUCUUAAAAUACAGUGUUUACAUUAAAAACCCUGCAGGGACUGACUAUACUCACUAGAACAACUACAUUAAGCUGUAGUUGUUCUGGUGACUAUAGUGUCCCUUUAAAAAAAAACCUCAAAAAUAUUACAUACAAUAAUACCGUAAUUAGCUUUCUUGUGUUAAAAUGCUGUUUAAAUACAAUGUAACCUCUGUGCUUUUACGCCUUUUUAAAAACAAUGUAUGAAAAAUAAUCUUCAGUAAAGACAAUACAUUAAAAACACUCAAAAGCCAAUGAUGCCAAUACAAUAGUUUGGGAUUUUGACACUAAAACAGGAAAAUCAGCUGUGCUACUGAGCUUGUCUAUAGGGUCCCCACUAUGUGUCUGGUAGAAUUGAGUUCUAAACCUUAACACGAUAAAGAAAGCAAUACACUUCAGCUCAUCUAACUUGAAGUUUCAGUGCUAAGUUUGGACUGAAUUAUUAUUUUUUAUUUUUAUUCAACAUCACUUUUAUUCAGAAUGCAAGCCUUAGAUGAAGAAUUCCAGGGUGUUCCCUUGGUUAAAAGAAGUGUCUAUAGUGCUCUCAGCAGGGGUAGGCAACCUUCAGCACCCCAGAGGUUUUGGACUACAUUUCCCAUGAUGCUUUGUCAGCAUCAUGGUUGUAAGAGCAUUGUGUGAGAUGUAGUCCAAAACAUCUGGAGUGCCUAUCCCUGGCUUAGAGUAUGGUUCUCCAGAUAACGAGAAUAUAACCUUUAAUAAUGACAUCUAGUUUGUUUUGAUUAAGAGCUUGUGCAAAAAGAGCCCAAAUAUCUUGGGAUACUCUAGGCCAGGGAUUGGCAACCUAUGGCACUCCAGAUGUAGUGGACUACACCCCCCCAUAAUGCUCUAACACCCAUAAUGCUGACAAAGCAUCAUGGGAGGUGUAGUCCAAAACAUCUGGAGUGCCGAAGGUUGCCUAUGCCUCCCCUAGGCUGAAUGUUACUCAACUUUGUAAAUCUCCUCCCACAUGGACAGCUAAUGGUAAAAAUAAUUGCCAAAAUGCAUACCAACAUGGCCAAAUUAUGCAGAGGCUCCACGAAUUAGUUUAUGUCUUCCUUCUUGGCAUAAAUUAUUACAUAUUCAAGAGACUAUUAAUGCAGUUGUCACUACAAGUCAUGUUUUCUCUUAACAUUUUUGCAAAAUACGAAUUACUGUAUAACUUAGGAAAUACAACUUCCUUAAUUUUAACCCACAUUUCAUUGUAGCCUCUGAAAGGCCUGCAGCAGAGAAUUUUUACCUUCAAAUUGUUUUGGUCCCUGCUUCAGCACGGGAGACCUGCAGCUAAAUUGAUCAAAAUGCUUUUAAUCCACAGACUGAUUCACCUGCACUCUGAAGAUAGCAUGAAAAUCGACAGCAGCCCUGGUUCCUGGGGACUAGAGUUUAAAACCUUUUGUGCUAAGCAUUUCGAAGUGAAAUAACAAUCCUGGACAGGUUUUUUAAACAGCACAGACUCAUUGGUAAUUAUCUUGGAAAACUCAACUGUUUCACGUGAUUAAGAUCACUAGGGACUCUCUGAUCAAAAGAUUUUCCAUUAUUAACAAGCAAAAAACUGUCCAAAUACGACACACAGAAUGAGGUUAUUACUCCGUGCAAACAAUUUGUGACGUUGUUUUUUAUGAUAAUUUGAAGAGUUUAGCAUCAACAAGAUACGAAAUUGGUUCCAUUAUAUAGAGAUUUUAGUCUAAAGCUUCUGUUCAUUAAAGGACCACUAUAGUGCCAGGAAAACAAACUCGUUUUCCUAGCACUAUAGUAUUAAUAGGUUUCCCCCACCCUCAUGGCCCCCCUCGCGCCAGGCUGAAGGGAGAGGAAGGGGUUACUUACCAUUCUCCAGUGCCGGGCUCCCUCGGACGUCAUUGGCUGAAUGCGCAUGCGCGGCAAGAGCUGCGCGCGCAUUCAGUCAGUCCAUAGGAAAGCAUUCUCAAUGCUUUCCUAUGAACGCUGGCGUCUUCUCACUGUGAGACAGCCACUAGAGGCUGGAUUAACCUAUAGGUAAACAUAGCAGUGUCUCUGAAACUGCUAUGUUUACAGCAAGCAGGGUUAACCCUAGAUGGACCUGGCACCCAGACCACUUCAUUGAGCUGAAGUGGUCUGGAUGCCUAUAGUGGUCCUUUAAGAGUUACCUCUACAUAAUAAAAUCAUAGUUGUAUAAAAUUCUACAUUUCCUAACUGAUUAGUAUAUAUGGUCUAUUGCAACAUCACAAAAGUCCCAACUGUAAAGUCAUAAGACAAUUACUAUAUUUCAAGUGGUAAUGGUGCUCUGCGUCAGACUGUCAUGAUAGGCUUUUCAGUCUUCAAUAUGAGGACUAUUUUAUUUUCUCUUCCAUCUAACAUUUUUAGUGUUUAAAUACUAUGACCUAUAAAAUCGUUAUCCUCUGGCAGUACUAAAUAUAUAUAUAUAUAUAUAUAUAUAUUAAAAAAUAUAUAUAUUAUUUAAAUACAGUGCCUUGCAAAAGUAUUCACCCACUUGACUUUUUACCUAUUUUGUUACAUUACAGCCUUAGUUCAAUGAUUUAUUAUUCUGAAUUUUAUGUGAUGGAUCAGAACACAGUAGUGAAGUGAAAUGAGAAAAAUAUAUACAUAACACUAUUUUUUAGAAAUAGAAAACAGAAAAUUGGCAUGUGCGUAUGUAUUCACCCCCUUUGUUAUGAAGCCCAUAAAAAACUCUGGUGCAACCAAUUACCUUCAGAAGUCACAUAAUUAGUAAAAUAAUGUCCACCUGUGUGCAAUCUAAGUGUCACAUGAUCUGUCAUUACAUGUACACACCUUUUUUGAAAGGCCCCAGACCCUGCAACACCUAAGGAAGAGGCACCACUAACCAAACACUGGCAUGAAGACCAAGGAACUCUCCAAAUAAGUAAGGGAGCAGCAUCAUGCGGUGGGGAUGUUUUUCAGCAGCCGGCACUGGGAAACUGGUCAAAGUUGAAGAAAAGAUGAAUGGUGUUAAAUACAGGGAUAUUCUUGAGCAAAACCUGUACCACUCUGUGCGUGAUUUGAGGCUAGGACGGAGGUACACCUUCCAGCAGGACAAUGACCCAAAACACACUGCUAAAGCAACACUUGAGUGGAUUAAGGGGAAACCUGUAAAUGUGUUGGAAUGGCCUAGUCAAAGCCCAGACCUCAGUCCAAUAGAAAAUCUGUGGUCAGACUUAAAGAUUGCUGUUCACAAGCGCAAACCAUCCAACUUGAAGGAGCUGGAGCAAUUUUGCAAGGAGGAAUCGGCAAAAAUCCCAGUGGUAAGAUGUGGCAAGCUCAUAGAGACUUAUCCAAAGUGACUUGGAGCGGUGAUUGCUGCAAAAUGUGACUCCACAAAGUAUUGACUUUAGGGGGGUGAAUAGUUAUGCACAUUGACUUUUUCUGUUAUUUUGUCCUAUUUGUUGUUUGCUUCACAAUAAAAAAAAAAAAACAUCUGUGACGAGACCAAUCUCGCCACAUUGCAUUGGAGAAGUCUGGUUGCUCGCCUGUUCCCUUUGGACUAUGGCCCCAUGUUAAAAGUCUUCUUGCUUCUGCAUUUGGUCAUUUAACCGGAUGCCUGUUCAUUCGGUAGUUUAAACCGUAUGAACAGCAUUACCCCAGAUAGCCAUCCCGUUGAGUCUAUUUGUAUGGAGAACAGACUUUGUGAACACUUUAACUCCACGGCGAUUGGACUGUGUGCAUAGGAUCUGAGUGCUAUUCGGUACUUUUGUGCGCUCAGAUCUAAACUAUCUGGGGAUAGGUAUAUGUUUUGUGCAACAGUUGUAACUUUAUACAUUUUUAUGUUUUUACUGUCUUUUACUGCCAUGUGGUUAAUGGAGUUUUGCCUCUGUCCUGGGAGAUAAUUGGAUUACUUCCCAAUUAUCUCCAGGACAGAAGGAGGGAAGUUAGGAUGCAUUGUGGGGAGGUUUUACCUCUGUGUGUCUGUCACUGGUUCAUGUCUGUCCUUUGUCACAGUCUCCCAUUUGGUCCCCUAGGGGAGUGUCCACCAGGUGGGAGACCUGCAUAAAUACUGGGCAGGUAGCCCUCAUUAAACCAGACCACUGCUUGACCCUCAACACAGAGCUCUGUCUCGUCUUUGGGGGGAUUUACUGUAUGCUGUUAGAGACUGAUUGGGGAAGAUCUUUUAAACGGCAGGUUAACCCUUUUAUGCCUGGGGGUGCCGUUACAACAUCUAUAAAGUUCUGUAAAUUAAAUGAUGCAAAUCCUCAAACAAUCCAUGUUGAUUCCAGGUUGUGAGGCAACAAAACACAAAAAAUGCCAAGGGGGGUGAAUACUUUUGCAAGGCACUGUAUAUAUAAAAAAAAAACUUGUUAUAAUUUCCUAAGUAUAUAUCUUCUGCUCCAGUCCUCCAACUCGAUCUAGUUUAGGUGUUUGAAGGCUUGGAAAAACAGAUUCGGGACCAUCCAGUGCUGAUGUUGGUUGGCACUUUGGUGCUUUUUCCUGUCAACGGGUGAGCAAUGAGCUGAACUGACAAUCAUCCCACACUGCAUGCAUGCGCAGUGCCGCGUUCAAAGUUUAUCAUAGGGUAGGGGUGGGCAAUCUGCAUCCCUCCAGAUGUUUUGGACUACAUCUCCCUUGAUGCUUUGCUAGCAUCAUGGCCCUAAGAGCAUUAUGGGAGAUGUAGUCCAAAACAUCUGGAGGGCCGCUGAUUGCCCAUCCCUGUCAUAGGGUAUUAUUGCAUUCAAUGAUUCUCUAGGAGAUUAUUUUAAUUGAAAGAACAUAGCAAGAACUGUGCAUGUUCACAAUGCUUAUAAAUGAGAAGCAUUUGAUAGAAACAAUGUCCUCUGAAUUCAAAACACCACAAUGUUGGUGUGGCGGAGUGAGCUGGAAUAAAGGUAAGUAUAUGUAUUCAUUUAAAACUUUUUUUGGUUUGAAAGCUGUUGAAAAGCUCUUGUUAAAGGGAAACUAUAGUGCCAUGAAAACAAAAAAAUUUCCUGGCACUAUAGCUUCCCCCUCCUUCAAGGCCCCCCGUGGUGCAGAAGGGGUUAAUAACCCCUUCUGUGACUUACCUGGGUCCAGCACCUUCACUCCGCCUUCACUCCUCCGCCGACGUCAGCCGGCAGGGAGACCUAAUGCGCAUGCCUGGCAAUGCCUGCGCUCGCAUUAGGAUUUUCCAUUAGGACAGCAUUAAUCAGUGCUUUCCUAUGGGGAUUCCAGUGACGCUGGAAGUCAUCAUGCACAGCGUGAGGACGUCCAGUGUCAUUUAGGCAACCAAAAGUCACCUAAAGACCCAGAAGUCCCUCUAGUGGCUGACUUGGUAGACAGCCACUAGAGGAGGAGUUAACCCUAGCAGGUAAUUAUUGCAGUUUACCUGAGCAUGUGCUCACGCUGUGCUGCCCAGGAUCACAGCGCUCUCUCCUUAAUACUGGAAAAAACAAAAGAAGAAAAUCAACGCUAAAUUGCCACAACAGGAUAUACAUAAAAAGGCUGCACUCCUCAAAGGGGAGUCCCCAAUAAUCCCCUAAUGGUAACAAGGAAUACAAAACAAACAAUAAAAUAAGGGUGCGCCUAAAAUAUAUAAAAGUAUAAUAGUAACAAUAAAAAUUUUAAUAUUAAAGUAUUAAGAUAAAAUAAGUAAUUGGCAAUAGUCCAAAAAAACUUAUCACAUUCCGUAAUGAUAGGUCCCACAUGUAGAAAAGAAAUUCUUAGGAUGUUUGAUGGGAUCAAGUCUUCACAAUUAUAUGCUUGAAGUUCGAUAGAGCAUAUGUAGAGAAAAAAAAUAAAACAGGACUCCAAUGGCACAGUAUAUAAGUAAGUAAAAUAUAUAAUAAUAAAAUUAGUCUUACUCACACUUUUCAGAGCUAAAAUCCAGCUCUGAUAUUGCGCACGUAAAGUGGAACAAUCCCCACUCAAGGAUAUGCGGAGUAAGGUUUGAUAGGUGAAUAUCUGUUUUAGGUUCAGCGUCCAAAUUGGUGUUAUAAGACCCAGAAGAAGAGAAUAAAAUAUAUAGUGCUCUCGUGAAACUCCCCCGCUCCUGUCGGUGAUGAGCCCAAUGGGCUGCUGCCGGUUCCGGUCUCUUUAUUGUUUGUUUUAUUGUUUGCUCUCUCCUUAAUCCCUAUGUAUAUUUAGACAAAUGGAGGUCAGUUAGUUACUCCAAUGGCCUUAAUCACUAUGUAUAUUUAGACAAAUGGAGGUCAGUUAGUUACUCCAAUGGCCAUUAGAGUAACUAAAUGACCUCCAUUUGUCUAAAUAUACAUAGGGAUUAAGGAGCGAGCGCAGGUAAAAAAAAUUGUUUGGGGGGGUUUUUACUAUAUAUUGGGGCUGAUGUGUACUGUGGUCGUUGCUGCCGCCCAGGAGUGAUGGGAGUGAGCGCAGGACUUAUCUUUUUGUAUUUGUAUUCACUUUUUGUAUCACACAGCUUUGUUACAAUGCUGCCGCCCAUCCCAUGUGUUCCCUAUUAAGGGUUAAUAAGUAUAUAGGGGUGUAUAUAAAAAAUACCCCUCUCUGUCUCAUUGGAGAUAUCUUUGCCAGAAACUCAAGGAAGCAAGAUGAAGGGUCAGUGUAGGACCCGCUUAGGGGGGUCUGCCUUGACGUUGGCAGGCAGGCAUUCCCUUUAAUGGCCAUUGGAGUAACUAAAUGACCUCCAUUUGUCUAAAUAUAUAUAGGGAUUAAGAAGAGAGCGCAGGUAACUUUUUUUUUUCCUUUUGGUUUUUACUAUAAAUUGGGGCUGAUGUGUACUGUUCAGGACUUAUCCUUUUUGUAUUUGUAUUCACUUCAUGACUUUGUAUAUUCUUUUUGGGUCGUAUAAUAGUGAUAAAUGUUCUGCCUUCAGGUUUAUUUGAGUGUUAUUGCUUUUGUAACUGGACAGAUGGCUGUUUAUCUAUCUCUCUCUGUAGUUGUUUUUAUAUUCACACCCAAUGCCACUUACAGGCUAACUCUCUAGAACACUGAGCAUAAUCUAGACUUGGAAUUGCGGCUUUCUUUCAGAAAAGCAUGUGCCACACAUGGGACAGAGUAAACCACGCAGUCAUGCAGAGCAGACACCACUUCAGUGCUGCCAGGCAGCUGUUUUUCAGAUAUGUUGGCAUGCUGUCACCCUGGAAAUAAAGGGUCUCUUUUGACAGGGCUGAUAAGGACCAGUCCUCACCUCCUAGACCCUUCUGCACUAGUCAUACUGAGUUUUGGACUUUGGGAUUAACCCUUACCUUAAGCAAAUAGAUUAGACCUAGGCAGGUAGGUGGAGAGCCCUGUGCAUGUUGCCAGACUUCUGCUCUGCCAUAGUUUUGUAAAUCUGUGUAUAAAUAUUAAAAAGUCUGCCUAUUAAUCCGUGUGCAAAUGUAACAUUCUCUGAGAAUUAAUCAGCCGGUAAACAUAAAACCAACACUGUCGAUUAACUAUAGCACAGACUGAGUAUGUGGGACUUGAAUGCAGAUAAUGUCUCCUUAUAAAGUACAGGUAUAAAAUGUCUAGUUGCAUAUAAAUGUAAGGUUAAACUUAAAAUAGUCAGACAAGCAAGGGUAGAUCCAGGGUUACUGAGGUAUUAGUGUGGGAACCAUUCUCUUCCAAUCUGCAUCAACUGGGAAUUGUAGAGAUUGUAUAUUUUAGGCCAAGCACAACCGUAAGAUACAGUAAAAUGGUUAUUCCCAAAAUCAUACUUAUUUAUUCAACACACUGCAUUUAUUAUUAUUAUUUUUUAUGAAAUACUAUUGCCGUCAGCAGUUAAGAGAAUACUCAAACACAUAAAGCAACUAAGAUUAAUUGGACACUUUUUAAAAUGAUCCUUAAACCUCCUCAGCUGUCAAUCAGAUAGCCAGUUCCUGGUAGUUUAGUUAAGCUCAAGCGACAGACAAUUGCCCUGAGCACCUGCCUUGCAAAGACUUCUCAACGAGCUAUAAAACAGUGAUUGAACAGUCACAGAAAAUCUGUGCUGGGAGGGCCAUCUUUAAUUAUGAUUGGACUCCAGGCAAGCAUUUUUUGGGGCCCCGUGGACCAUGCCUCUCCCUCCAUUCCCUGGCAUGCAAUCAUGGACCCCAACGCAGUGGCGGAACUAAAGUAAGCAGAAGAAUUUUAUUGGGCCCCCAAAUUGCAAGGUUGGACAAAAGGUAGAACCCUAUCUGUCGUGCAACUCCAGCAAUGCUUUGACAGCUGGGGCUCUACCAGUUUCCCAUGUUUGUAGGGUUGUAUUUAGCACUGAGCCGUGUUUCUGUGUUUGAAUAUAAGCAUGUGUUUGUAUGGAGUAUGUUUGUGUGAAUGCGUUUGUAUUUGGUGUUGAAGUUUAAAUGCAAGUGUGCAUUUGUGUUUAGUGUUGAUUUUUGAAUGUAGAGGUUUGUUUAUAUAUAAAUAUGUGUGUUUGUAUGUAGUGUUGACGUUUCAAUGCAGGUGUGUAUUCAUAUUUAAUGUUGGUACCCAGACGCACAGCUAUACACACGGACACGCAUGCAGAUACACAGAUACACUCUGACUACAUAUAGAUAUACACACAGAUACACACACUGACAACAUACAGGUACACAUACACAUACAGAUACACAGGCACAUACACUGACAGACAUACUGACACACACAGGCACAUACACUUGUAGACGUACUGACACAAACUGACAGACAUACUGACACACACACAAGCACAUACACUGACAGACAAACUGACACACAUACACAGGCACAUACACAUACAUACUGACACACACACACAGACAGACAUACUGACACACACACACACACACAGGCAUACUGACAGACACACAUACACAGACAUACUGACACACACACAGACAUACUGACACACACACACAUAUAUACAGACAUACUGACACACACUGACAGGCAUACUGACACACACACAAGCACAUACACUGACAGACAAACUGACACACAUACACAGGCACAUACACAUACAUACUGACACACACACACACACAGACAGACAUACUGACACACACACACAUACACACAGGCAUACUGACAGACACACAUACACAGACAUACUGACACACACACACAGGCAUACUGACACACACACACAGAUAUACUCACACACACACACAGAUAUACUGACACAUACACAGACAUACUGACACACACACAUACUGACACACACACAGGCAUACUGACACACACACACACAUAUACUGACACACACACACAUACAUACUAACACACACACAGACAUACUGACACACACGCAGACAUACUAACAAACACACACACACAUACAUACACACACUCACACACACACACAGAGAUAUACUGACAGACACAUACACACACACACACAGCCAUACUGACACACAGAUAUACUGACACACACACAGAGAUACUGACACAUACAUGCAGACAUACUGACACACACACAGACAUACUAACACACACAUACUAACACACACACAAACACAGACACACAUACUAACACACACACACACAGACACACACAUACAGACACACUAACACACACAGGCUGAUGGGAGUGAGGAGCCUCCAUCCUCACUGCCACUGCUGUCGCCGCCUCCUCUCUUCCGUGCGACUCCUCCUGCCCCCUCCCACGCAGCUCCUCUCUUUAUGGGAGGAAGUGACUUGCGGCUGUCACUUUCUCCCAGCUGGCUGCCGGAAAGCAAGGGGCCCGCUUGCGCUGUUAGAGCCACAGCGCCUGACUGGGCCCCUGAUAAUACAAACCCACUGGGUGGCCCUAAGUGCAUGGGCCACCCGGUGGGACUGCUUAGAGGAUGGAAACAAAAUUGUUGAGGGCAGCGGGGACCACUUGGCAGCUGCCUUGAUCCCCCCAGGAGUAACUGGGCUCGGAGCAGCUGUCCUGUUUUCCCCACAUUAAAGAUGGCCCUGGUUGGAAAAGAAGGGGGGGGGGGGAUUGCAGUAGCAGCAGAUUAUAUAUGCAGCUAUUGCAAGCCAAUAUUCCAUAUACCUCCAAAGACAACAUGAAAAACAAAAUCCAAGAAUAGUUUCUUUGUUGAUAUAUCUACUAAAUUAUUAUUAUUUUGUUUUUUUUCUCAUAGAGUAUUCCUUAAAAGUGGUGGUGUAGUUUCACUUGCUUUAUAAGAGCUUGGGAUACAUAUACUAAUGAUAUUAGAUGCGAAUAAUGAUAUGAAUUAUCAUAUAAGAUAUUUAAAGGUCUAUGUCACAACCUUAUCAUCUAGAGCAGGGGUUCCCACUUAACUUUCCUUAUAUACACACACUAAUUUCUGCAGAUAGUAAAAAGAUUGUAGUACUUAGGAGCAUGUGUGCUUUUGUGUGUAGAGUUGGUGUUUGUAUAUCGUUUUAGCAUUUUAAUACAGGGGUGUGUUUUGUAUGUAAUGUUUGCAUUUGCGUUUAGGGGUUUGUUUGGAUGUAGUGUUGGCUUUUAAAUGCAUGUGUGUAGUAUUGGUGUUUGGGUGAAGGCUGUGUUUUAGUGUUUGUAUAUAAUUUGGGGGUUUGAAUUCAGGGAUGUUUUUGUAUGUAAUGUUUGUGUUUGCAGGGGUGUGUUGGCAUGUUGUGUUGGCAUUUGAUUGCUUUGAUGUAUGCCACAUAUAUACUUACAUAGAUAUACAUACACAUUAACACAGAGAUACACACAAAAGCACUUCACAUUUACACACAUUCAUAAACACACAGACACAAAGAUACACACUGGCACAUGAACACAUCUUGACACACAGUUACACACACUGGCGCAGAUACACAUACACACAAACACAAACAUAUACACUCACUGGCGCAUACACACACUCAGAUACACACAGUGACACACGCACACCUUAACACACAGAUACACUCACACUGACACUCGGAUACACACACUCAGAUACACAAAGUGACACACAGAUACACUCAGAUACACACAGACACACACUGACACCUACACACACAAAGGCAAAUACACACACUCAGAUACAUACACACCUUAACACACACAUACAUGCAGAUACAUGCACACCGACAAAGAUACACUGAAAGAUACACACACUGAUACUCAGAAAUACACCGACCCACAGAUAGAUACACUGGCACAUACACACAGAUACACAACCUCGCACUGAAAGACAGAUACACACACUCAGAUACACACAGUGACACAUACACACUAACACACAAGCACAUACACUGGCACAAAUCUUAACACACAGAUACACACACACACACUGAAAGAUACACACAGUGAAACACACUGUCAGAUACACACACUGGCGCAUGCACUCAGAUACACACUGACACAGAUACACUCAGUGACACUUACACACAGAUACACAGUGACACAUACACUGACACGCAGAUACAGACAGUGACACAUACACACACACAAUGUCAAAUGCACACACAUGUCAUUUAUAUAUAUGCAGUCACCCUCCUGUUAGCAUACCUGUUGUCUGCAGGAUCGUGACUUGCUGGCUGAGGCUGGUGUGUUUGGAAGGUGCUGCUCACUCCUGGCUGCUGCUUCUCUCCCUCCAGCGGCGUUUUCUAUAUAAAGCUGGGAGGAAGUGACCGUCCGUCACUUCCUCCCAGCAUCCCAUACUACCGGGACCGUAGCUAUUAAUCGGCCGUGGCGCUGACCGGGUCCCUGUGCAGCAAUGCCCAUCAGGUGGUCCUAAGUGCAUUGUGGGCAAGUCAAUGCGGAACACCAAUUGGGAAACGCUGAUCUAGAGUAAGUUUGAUUGUUCAAAUCACAUAUGCCAAAGACUAAUCAUAGAUAUAUGUGUACAUCUGUUUGCCAGCUGCCAAUCUUGUUAUUUUCUCUCUGACUCAUGAAGCCAUUUUGCAAAUAAAUUAUGUAUUAUCCCGCAAUUCCUCAAUAUCAAUCUUUGCUGUUAUAUUACUAUAUACUGACGUGAACAAAACUGUAACAAUCCAGUUGUAUGAUCAUUCCAGCUACAUUAUUAUUAUUAUUAUUAUUUUAUUAUUUAUAUAGCGCCAUCAGAUUCUGUAGCGCUGUACAAUGUGUGGACAAACAGACAUGUAAUUGUAACCAGACAAAUGGACGCACAAGAACAGAGGAGUUGAGGGCCCGGCUCAAUGAGCUUACAUGCUAGAGGGAGUGGGGUAUAGUGACACAAAGGGUAAAAGUAGGGGUAACGAAGUAGGUUGCUAGAAAAUAUUCACUGAGGACUUGGUAGGUUAUUUUUGACAGUUGCAGGAGAGAAGUCAUCAGGGGGGUGGGGGGAAGGAGUAUAAAAAAACCUGCUUGAAUUGGUUGAAUUGAUUUGCAUUCCAGAAGUGUGUUUUCUCUCCCAGAAUAAGGAUAAUUAUUUACAUAAAAAGGAGGGGUUGUGUAUAUAAUUGGUAUUCUGAUAAGAAACCCAAACUUAUAUUUUAGAUUUUCUAUUUCAAAACAUUAUCAUUUGGUUUAAAAUAAUUCUCACUAAUCGGGAGAUGCCAUCUUGAUACAGUAGUUUGUGUGGGUGAAGUGGUCUCCAGCAGUAAGAGUUCCACGUGUUGUGAUGUUAAUAUAUUCAUCAUUCCAUUUAAAGGUACUGCAGAAGUUUUCAAACAUAACUGCAGUGUAGAGUUUGAUAGAGUAGGAAAAAUGUAAUGUGACAUGAACUGUUCUUGCUCUGUUUAUCUCUUGUGUGAAGAAAUACAUAAACACUCUUCUUAUUCCUCUCUCUAUCCACACUACAGCUUCCCUGUUUAUCAUCGCCAUGCUACUGGGAAGCCUUAACAGUUGCUGUAACCCAUGGAUCUACAUGCUGUUUACUGGAAACCUGUUCCACGACCUCAUGCAGCGUUUCUUAUGCUGCUCAGCCCGGUACCUGAAAUCCAGCCAGCAGGGGAGUGACUUGAGUGCAAGCAGAAAGAGCAACUCCUCUACCUUUGUACUGAGCCGAAAGAGCUCCAGCCAAAAGAGCAUUACUCAGCCCUCUAUCGCCUGAGUCUCUCAGCUUGAGAAACCAACCUUCCGAUACACUAGGGCUGGAAAUGGGAUAUGGGUUGCCUACAUAGGGAUAUUUGGUAAUUUGCAAAGUGAAGCAGUUCCUCAUUAAAAUUCUGCAAGCUUUGUAGUAAAGGAGUUAAAAAGUAAUAAAGAAUCUCAGCUACUACAAGGCCAGCAGUGAAAUUAUUGCUCCCAUUAUACCCUGCUGUAUUAAUAUUUAAGGACUAUUGAAUGUGCAGUAAAAUGCAACAUCUGUCGUCUUCACCAAACACAUCAUGUUCUCUAGUGGGUUAACAGUUUGUGUAAGUUCUAGACCAAUCUGUAUGUGUGUAAGUGAUAUAUAUGUUUAUAUACACACACAUACUAAAAGAUUUUUGUUAAGAAUGACAUUUAUUCUCUGUUUUAAGGGCUGUUAGUAAAGAAGACACGAAAGAAGAAACCAUAUAUAAAAUCAUAUUAUCUAAAGCUAUAUCUAAUAUAUAUUUUUUACACCCAAGGGAGUAUAGGAUAGUUAAAAAAGUUUUCAGAGCGGCAGACUGUCGAGGAUAAGCAGAGAUUGUCUCUAGUGAUAAAUCCUUGCACUGCAGCAUAUUUAAUUACUUACUGUAUAUCAGAGCUGUAUAGAUUUACAUAUAUAUAUAUAUAUAUAAAACACUUUACUGAUACUUUAAUGUAGGGUUAUAUUUAUGAAAAACCACAUAAAUCACCUUCAGACCUCCAGCUGCACAUAUAAUUAUGCAUACACCUAUGUAUGCAGCUUUGAAAUUGCACAGAAUACAGUUGAUACUGGCUGGAAAGCAUGGCACACAGAUACCACUCUAAAGGCUGGCACAAUUUGGUUAAGUUGUCUGCCCAAAAAGGAUACUAGAAUAGCCCUCAAGCAAAGCAUUCUGAGCUGUAGAAUCUCGUCAUUUGACUUGCAGAUCCAUGCCUGCCAGUGUUUGAUAAGUAGAUUUGCAGAUAGUUUUAGAUAAGUUUUCGAACUGCAGGCCCAAACUAAAGUACGUUCCAACAUUUAGGUGUGCAUACAUAGGAAUAUAUACAUAUAUACAUUUGUUCCAUAGGAAUAUCUAGCUAUAUAGUACAAAAAUAAAUAAUAAUAAUAAUAUGCCAGCCUGACCCUGAAGAAUACAGAUUUUUCAGGAGAAAUAAAAAUAAAAAAAAACCUCAGGAAAAAAAGGUGAAUGUAGGGCUAUUCCCAGAAGUCUACUAGACUCCUGACACCGUUAAUCCAUUCAAGUCUAGAGCAUCACUAGCGGUUAGACUAGAAAAAGGAUGAAUCUGCACAAGACAGAGUUCUAGGCUCAGGUAACUGCUCCUAGUAAAUUCACAUCUGUCAAUGGUAGCUGACAAGGUAUUUUUUUAGAGCACAUUACAGCACAAGAAAGGGUGCCACAGAAUGUAAAAACCAGAGGGAUUGGGGAAGAGAACGUGGGAACUGUCUGCUGCAUUGUAUCUUGUUCUGGAUUGCAUAAGGGUUAGUAAGCAUGGUUUGCAAUAAUGCAUGGAGUUGGUUUAGUCUGGCGAUAGAGAAGCACGGUUUGAUACUUAUUUCUAAUUGUUCUGGAUUGAAAGAGGCAGUUUUUGACUUUUCUAGACUGAGAUGCAUUUUCCUCUUACAUUCUAGAUUGGGGAUGGAUAAACCAUAGUAGCAUGUUACAAUGUAUCUACUACUGCUGGGCUGACAAAUCACUUUGUAAUGCAUCACAAUCACUUGUGUAAUGCCUUUCAAUUUCAUUGUUUACUUUUUGUUUUUUUCUGGAUUGGUGACAAGGAACUAUGCUGGCAAAACAUCCAGGGAGCUGUAGUCCACACAUCUGGGGUGCCGAAGGUUGCCUAACCCUGAACUAGGGUUUACCUGUUACAUUACUAUGAGAAGUAGGAACUGCCUGAUACAACAUAUCUGAUCUUAAAUUAGUGAAGGCGAAUUAGGGACUGCAUUCUGCAAUGUAUCUGGCUGUUCUAAUUCAGAGAAAUAGACAUAUGGCUUACCUGCUACUUGGGGUUGUUUGUAAUGAUGAAAUGUGGGCAAUGUUCUUACAAGUCAUCUGGUUGCGAAUGAAUUGAUUAAUAUAAAGUAGGGACAGUGGGCUCAACUGUAUAUGAUGAAUCUGGAUGUGUGAAGGAUAAGUACCAACUGUCUGCUACACUGUAUCUGGUUUUGGAUUUGUGAAAUAAAGUAGAGAUUGCUGGCUGCAAUAUGUCAAUUUGUUCUGGAUUGAUGUAAAAAUAUCUGCUAUUUUAUAUUUAGUUUUUCUCGGAAUAUGAUGGAAAACCAGUGGCAGCCAACCCCAAUAUAUUAUGUUAUGGAUUGGUGAAGGAUUACAAGGGACAGCAGUGUAUCUGCUUGCUCCAGACUGAUGAAGAAAAAAGUUAUGGCCACUUGUUAAAGUGUAUCUGUUCUAGAUUCUGUAAAGGCAAAUAAUCAACGUACACUACAGCGUAAGUUGUUUUGGGUAGUAAGUAAUAUAGCUUGCAGCAGUUACCCAGAGAGGAAUACAUCCAUACAGUUCUCUGUUACCUAUCAUGAGUGUACAAAGUGAAACAGCUUCUAUAUUAAUACUAUUGAGGAUGUACUUCAUAGGGUGUCUUGGGAUCUUGGGAUGAGCCUGUUUAGUAUUUACCUGCACAUUAAUGGGAUGUAUUGUGUUUGUGGUUUCUAAUGUAAUUUGUACAAAGACAAAAAAACAACAACAUAAGAUGUGGUUUCUACAUUCAUUAUAUGCUUUCUAUAUGUAUGUAUAUAAAUGCAGUAUGCUUAUUGUCUAUUGAAACGGAGGAGUCAGCUUGAAUGUUCUCUAUUUGUGCACACAGCAAGUCGCACAAUCACUAAAUAUUCAGAAUUUGUUCCUGGAUUUUUUUGAUGCUACUUUCUCCACUAUGAAUCCCUUCGGUAACAAAGCAGUCUCUAUCACAAAUCUGUUUAUCACAGACAGUCCAUACAGAGGUCUAAUCGAGUGGUAAACCAUGCCGAACUUGUUAACAGAAUAGUUGAAAUACUUAGCGGCAAAUAGUCAGGUUGAUAAGAGCAAAAUCUGAAAAUUGCCUACAUUUUGCAGCUCCAUUAUCAAGAACCCGCCACCUACAGGGGACAAUUCAUUUAACAGUGAGUUGUAAAACGGUUUGGGUACAGACCUGGGACAAAAUAGGAGAGUUUCACAGAUUUGCAGAUUGGCUCAACUGUAGUUUAUGAAAUAAAUUCUACUUUUUAGUGAACAAACCACUAGAAUAUAUGAUUGAUUCAACUGUGGUGAUGAUAAAAACGACCCCAUCUGUCACGUAUUCACAGUAUGCUUCAAUCUCAUUUUGUUCAUCAUUCACUGUAAAGGUUUGUUUUUUUUAAUAAAAAUUAUUUUGUGCCAGAUGGUUUUUAAAGAUCCCUGUUUUAUUUGGAGUCAUAAAUAUUUUUUUUAUUUUCUGUUUUGUAAAUAAAAGUAAAAUUUAUGAUAAAAGUCUUAUAAAAGUAAUAAACCU